GCAGAUGUGCGCGAUCGGAUCUAUUUCACAGAGUUCCUUUGCUGUUGCAGACACACACGCUGAGACUCCAGCUUCUGGGGAUCUGAGGUGAAGGACUCACUGCUUACUGCAGAACCUGGCCAGUAUAUCACAGGAAAUCCCCUGCAUUCUAAACCUAGUUUAUUUCGUCUGCUGCAUUCUAAUUCUUAUUUAUUUCGCUAAUCCACUGAGAGGACGUUGCAGAAGUUUUUGAACUGAUCACAAGGACCUUAAAUAAAGAUCUGCAAGAUUUUUAUUUAUUUUUUUGUGUUUUCCAUCAUGUUACAUUGGAAAAACUAUAUAUCUUCCAAUGUAAACUGAUUUUUACAAUUUGGACACUUUUGUGGACAUUUGCAUUUUUUUUUUUUUCUUAGAGAAUGCAUGCUUCGUAGACGGCAUUUAUCUUAAAAUCCAGAUUGUGUAAAUCCACUUAAAAAAUAGAAUUGGAUUUAGGACGACAUAAAUUGGACCAAUGGAUACAAGCACCCUUAUCACCCAUACAAAGACCCUGCUCAGGACAGAUCCAUUCUCUGAUAACUACCGGCUGGUGGGGAAGGAGCUGGGCAGGUAAGUGAAUUAAGAGCAGAUAACAUAUACACUGAUGCCAUACAAUGUAUAAUAGUUUCAACGUUCUGCACUCCAGAUGUAGUGGACUAAAUCUCCCAGAAUGCUCUGAAAAGCCAUCAUGCUGGCAAAGCAUCAGGGGAGAUGAAGUUCCACAACAUCUGGAGUGUCAAAGGUUGCCUACCAUUUCAUAAUCCACCAUUCUGAUUCUUCAGUGCAUACUUGGGCAACAGGUAGACCUCCAGCUACAGUUAGGAUAACGUUAUGGUUACCCUCAGCAAGUCUGUGAGGAUCAUAGGGAUUGUGGUCAAAACUAAUACUGCGUGUAUGGUAUUACAGUAUGUGUUUUUUAUAUAUCUUAUUUAUUCAGUAACAGUGAUUUGUAUCUCUCAUAAAGAUAUAUACAUGUGCGCUCUCUCUCUCUCUCUCUCUCUCUCUCUCUCUCUCUCUCUCUUUCUCUCUUUCUCUUUCAUUCCCUCCCUCCCUCCCCAAAAAUAAUGUUUACAUAAUGUUUGCUUGGACUAUGUUUGUUAAUCUGUUCUAUGGCGAUGUAAUGUUGCCAAUUUGAACACCUUUAACGUUAAGGUAUAUGACAUAAAAAAGGUCAUGCUUCCUGUUAUUUAUGUUUGAGUUAAAAACAUUCAAAAAGUGUAAACAUUAUUUUGGGACACUCUGUAUAUAUGUUUUUUAGCUGUCUUUAGCUGUCAAACUGGUUCUGUAAUAUUUGUUUUAAGUGUGCUAUAAAGGAUACCUCAAUACAUUUUUCAAAUCACACUCAUGAUGCUGUUAUCACGGUCACAAUGAUGUGGCUAGCUAGCAUAGUGGCACAAUGUAAUGUGGGCAGCUGUCUGAGAGAUGACAAAUAUGAUGUGCUUAUUUCAGCCAAUGGGAAUGUUCUAAAAUAGAACUAGGACUCAGUUUUGGGUCCAGAUCCAGAUUUCAAGUCAUCAGCAUAUAUAUAUUAGCAUUGUAAAGUAGCACUGCUUACUGGCAGACAGCCAUUUUUGUACACAUAAAAAAAACGUACAUAACAAAUAUUAAUGUAUUCUUCCCGAUAAAGAAUUUUAUAAGUAUAUAAAAAUAAAAGAUACAUUUAUAAGUGUGAAUUGCGUAUGGAGAUCACUUCUGAAAUGUCACUGUAUUUUGCAAUGCAGGCAAAAAUGUUCCAGGAUUUGUAAAAAAAUAAAAAAUGUAGUCUUAUCCCAAAAAAGCUUUUAAUAAUCGUUUCUACCAGUUGACGGUAUAGAUGGAUUAUCAACAAUGGGUAGGUUGCUACAAACUUCAUAUAUAUCUUUGUUACUAGAUAAAUUGCUUGACAUGACACUCCAGAACCUCAAAGGGUUAACACCUUAGCAGUCUGUACAAAAGGGUUAACAUUCCAAAGAUUUCCUCAAUAAAAGCAAUGCAUUACCAGCAUCUUGUUGCCCAUCAGUCAUUCAUGUUCCUACACUGUGUGUACUUUUUCUAGUUUGAAAGGUAUAAAAUACCCCAUGUGUCUUUUUCCAACAGAUCAUUAGCAACCAUUCUUACUUGUUUAGUUAAGCCCUGUGCCUGAUUAUGCCCUUUGUUUAAAUGGGUUAAAACAACAAUGAACAGUUCUCACUUUACAUUCUUUUAGAAUUGCACACCAGGGAUGGCUGAAUGGGGUGGGUUUGGUAUUCCUCUUUGUAAGUUAUUCCAUCAUUACUUUUGUAAUAUUGAAAAUAAACAUUGAAUUGAAUGCAGGUAGGAUUCGCUUGGAUUAACUGGUUUGUGAUGUUUCCUCCUACGACUAUUUUGGUUUUUAGCUUUCCACUAUUGACUUGUGGAGUUGCAUUUUUUAAAUCCUAAUUAGACAUAGUUCAAAGUAGUUUAAGCAUACGAUAAAGUUCCUCCUGUUAAACAGACAUUUAGGCGCAUAUUAAUAGUAGGCAGUCUUGGUAUACAUAUUGUUUUGUAAGCUUGUAUUGUACUAGGAACACUAGUGUUAGACGUACAAAUGUGUAAUCCAAACACUAUAGUGCCCUGUUGAUCAUUUAGGUGACUGCUCCUCAACUGCAGGGAGCAAAAUUGGUAUUUUAUUUAUCUUUUCUCCCUCGCAGAGCUGGUCUCUGACUCCUUGGCUGUGAUUAUCAAGAUCGAUGAUCUCAUUCAAUACAAUGUUUUCCCAUAGGAAAGCAUUGGGAGGCUAAUGUGCAUGCGCAACAAAAUGCACUUGAGGAAUUUAAAGCCUGCAAUGAAAAGAUUGUGUCCCAUUGCCUAUAGUGUCCCUUUAAAAGGGCUCUCUAUGCCCCUUAAAGGGACACUAUAGUCACCCAGAUCACUUCAGCUCAAUGAAGUGGUCUGGGUGCCAGGUCCCUCAGGUUUUAACCCUUCACAUGUAAACAUAGCAAUUUCACAGAAACUGCUAUGUUUACAUAGCAGGGUUAAUCCAACGUCUAGUGGCUGUCUUCCUGACAGCCGCAAGAGGCGCAUCUGCGAUGCUGGAUGUAAAAUUCGCAUCCAACGUGCAGAACGUCCAUAGGAAAGCAUUGAGAAAUGCUUUCCUAUAGACAGUUUAAAUGCGCUCCACUCAGAACCUGACAUCGGUGGGGGAGGAGAGGUCAUUAGCGCUGAGGGAGACCGGCGCUGGAUAAAGGUAAGCUGCUGAAGAGGUUAGUUCAUAGUUACAUAGCUGAAAAGAGACUUGCGCCCAUCAAGUUCAGCCUUCCUCACAUAUGUUUUUGCUGUUGAUCCAAAAGAAGGCAAAAAACCCAGUCUGAAGCGCUUCCAAUUUUGCAACAAACUAGGAAAAAAUUCCUUCUUGACACCAAAAUAGCAGUCAGAUGUCUCUUUGGAUCAAGCAGCUAUUACCCCACUAAUUAGAAAUUAUGUCCUUGUAUGUUAUGUUUUUGCAAGUAUUUAUCCAAUUGCAGUUUAUACAUCUGUAUAGACUCUGACAAAACCACCUCUUCAGGCAAAGAAUUCCAUAUCCUUAUUGCUCUUACUGUAAAAAAACCCUUUUCUUUGCCUUAGAAGAAAUCUCCUUUCUUCAAGCCUAAAUGUGUGACCUCGUGUCCUAUGUAUGGCCAUGUUUAUGAAUAGAUUUCCAGAUAAUGGUUUGUACUGGCCCCGAAUAUAUUUGUAUAAUGUUAUCAUAUCCUCUCUCAGGCGCGGUUUUUUUAACCUUUCUUCAUAACUAAAAUGCGCCAUUCCUUUUAUCAAUUUUGUAGCUCGUCUCUGCACUUUUUCUAGUGCCAUGAUAUCUUUCUUUAGAACAGGUGCCCAAAUUUGCACAGCAUAUUCAAGGUGUGAUCUUACCAGCGAUUUAUAAAGAGGCAAAAUUAUAUUUUCAUCUCGAGAAUUUAUGCCCCUAUUUAUAUAUGACAAAACCUUACUGGCCUUAGCAACGGCAGAUUGACAUUGCAUAUUGCUGCCUAAUUUGUUGUCUAUAACAAUUCCCAAAUCCUUCUCGUGUGUGGUUAUCCCUAGUUCACUACCAUUUAGGGUGUAAAUUGCUUGUGCAUUCUUAACCCCGAAGUGCAUAACUUUGCAUUUCUCUACGUUAAAUUUCAUCUGCCAUUUUAGUGCCCAGUCCCCCAAUCUAUCCAAAUCCCUCUGCAGCAAGGCAAUAUCCUGCUCACAUUUUAUUACUUUACAAAGUUUUGUGUCAUCUGCAAACACUAAUUCAUGGCUUUCAAUGCCCAUUUCAAGAUCAUUUAUAAAUAUGUUAAAUAGAAGCAGUCCCAAAAGAGAACCCUGAGGGACACCACUUACCACUUUUGUCCAGCUUGAAAAUUUACCAUUAAUGACAACUCAUUGUACUCUAUCCUUAAGCCAAUGUUCUACCCAAGAACAAGAAUAUUAAUCUAGACCAAUUUCUUUUAGUAUAAAGACUAACCUAUUGUGAGGAACCGUAUCAAAUGCCUUGAUACGGUUUCAGCGUCAUGGGAGGGGGACCCUGAGGGUGGGGGCAACCUUAGGGCACUAUAGUGCCAGGAAAACGGCUUUGUUUUCCUGACACUAUAAUGAUCCUUUAAUCUUUAAAGCCCAGUGUAGUGUCAGGCUUGGUCUGGGCUUUUCUGUAUAUGCACUAGUGUCUCUAAUUCACUUCUAAGGCAAAUUGAUGGCCAUGAUCCACAAUCUCUCUGACAUAAUCCAUUGUACAGCGCUGCAGAAUUUGUUGGCCGUUUUUUAAUAAUAAUGAUAACAACUUAAGUUUUUGUGCACAUAAAUAAAACUGUCAGUUCUCAGCUCACUACCCUCCACACACAGUUGCCCUGUUAAGCCCGCUUGUAGUGUUUAUGGAUCCAAGAGUGCCCUGACGCUGUCCCAGAGUAAUUUGCCAAACCAUAUAAGAAUGAUCUGACAAUUUACCUGGAUCCCGUGGAGGCCCUGCAAGAGAAGCCAAUGUCUCUCUUGAGCUAAGGAAUGCUCGGUACAGGGCUGAGAGCUUUUAGCUGACACUCUCAGCCAAUAAAAGCAGCCCCACACAGCCCUCCUUAGGUAUUUAUUUCUUAACUGUUUAGCAAAUUACUCUGGAUGGGUGCCAGGGCACCAUAACUACUGCAGUGGGCUGUAGUGUUUAUGCUGCUUGGAGUUGUACUUUAAGAGUGCCUUGUGAAUUGUAGAUGAGUCUAAUUAAGUACAUUAAGCAGUAGUAACUAUGAUCCAGUGUAAGAAAAUGAAGAUUAGCACAUGCUUCUGCCACCAUAGGGGUCCUUUGUUAGUGGAUGAUCUGAAUACAUUGAGGCCCUAGGAUGUGAGUAGAACUACUGUAUUUUAUAAUAAUUAUUAUUGUACUAAACAUUUUUUUUCUUAUAAUGUUACUGAUUUACAAGCUUACAAAACAAUAUGUAUUCCAAGACUGCCUACUAUUAAUAUGUGCUUAACUGUCUGUUUAACAGGAGAAACUUUAUCAUAUACUUAAUUUGGGCAAUCCCACUUCAAAGUCUUAGUCCCUAUCCUUACAAGAGCCUUUUAAUUAAGGCUGUAGGAAAUCAUGAAAAAGAACAUCUGUUCUGUCCUUAAAAAGCUUACAAGUGUCCUUAAAAGUUAUAUUGGGCAAUCUUGAGUAGUAAGGGUUAAUUAAACAAUCCAUGUGAUAUUAACACCACAAUGUCAACUCACAUGUUGUCAUUACUAUAUAUGUAACACCAAUGUAAGAAAGCCAAGCCAAGCAUUUAAUUAUAGAACAUAGAUGUGUUAAUUGGUGUCUGGGCUUCCCUAUGACCACCCAACGCGUUCCAUAAACGCAUGCUUUAAAUGUCACCGUUACAUUGUGUAAAAAUAAGUUAAUGUUUGUGAACAAAUCUGCUUUUUUUUACCUUGCAUAAGGGAUAUGUCACAAUACAUAUUCUUAUUAUUAUUUAUAAAGAGUCAACAGAUUCCACAGCGCUGUACAAUGACUGUACAUAGACAGUAACCGAUCAAUAAGGUUUUCCAUCUUUAGUCUGGUAUAGUUUGAAUGUUUUAAACGCAAUCACUAUCUAAAAAUCUUGGAAUCGGUUUCUGGUGGUAAUAAAGUCAUAGCUAGAAAUUGCGAUUGAUGUUAAAGGACCACUCUAUGAAGUGGUUUGGGUGCAAAGGCCCUGUCUUUUUACUUCUGCAAUGUAAAACAUUGCAGUUUUAUAUAAAGUAGUAGUACUUUUUUUCCCGUUUUAUACUAAAACAAAAAAGUGAGGGGUGUUGGACAACCUAACAUUAAUCUAACUAAGGCACUAUGGCUUCAGGAAUACAAGUUUGUAUUCCUAACACUAUAGUGUUAAUUUAAAACUUGUUUAACUCCAGUCACCGUUGUUAAUGAUGUGAUCUCUAGAUUGAUACUCCAAGUCCAUGAGGUUAAUGACAAACAACAUGGAUUCAUCUUGGAAUAAUCUGGCCUGCCUGUUUGACCCCUUUUAUUAGUGCAGUGGUAAUGAUAAUAGGUGACGUGUGUCAUUAAGUUGUUGUGUUCCAAAUAGACAUUGAUAUGGGUGUUUCUUUACCCAGUCACAUGUGUGUUUUGUUGUUACCGAGUUUUGUACGUUAAUUUAACAAAGAGUUGUUGGUAUAAGUUUGGUUUCAUUGUCAUGUCAUCACUAAAGGGAAAGUGUUCGCGAUGGUAGUUGGAAAUAUAUCAGGGUACUGGUUAAAGAGCUAUCCAAAGCACCGUAACCACUUCAGUGUUUUGAGGUGGUCAUGGUGCAUCAAAUCUGUAUGUGUAAUGUUUCAUUUUGAAAUACCAGCAUCAUUGGGGCAUCAUUAGCCAUCACGGGCUGACUAAUAUCAAUUCUGUGCUUAUUCCUUUUCACAGAAUUGCAAUAUUUGUCUGUGAGCUGAGAGCGUCAGGUGACAGCUCACAGACAAUUAUUGCAAUUUUCUGUGCAAAGGAAUGGCAGGUGGGUCUCGACUUCCAGUUGCUGAAGCUUUACCGAAGCCAGUUGUUGUCACUCGCCAAGAGUGGGACCAGGUAAGAAGGCAAACUACUGCAGAAAGGUAGUCCCAUUGCCGGAAUACAGGGUUAGGGUACUCCUGGCAUGAUAACUACUGUGGGCUGUAGUAGUUACGUUGCUUGAAGUAACCAUUUAAAGGGACACUAUGGUCACCAAAACAAAUUUAGCUUAAUGAAGCAGUUUUAGUGUAUGGAUUAUGCCACUAAAUUUUCACUGCUCAAUUCAUUGCCAUUUAUGGGUUAAAACAGUUUGUUUCUGCUUAUGCAGCACUUGCCACACCUCUCCCAGCUCUGACUGACACAAUCUGCAUGAAAAAAAAAAAUGGUUUCACUUUCAAUCAGAUGUAACUUACUGUAAAAGAUUGUAUCUCUUGCUCUGUAAAUUGAACUUUAAUCACCUAUAGGAUGAUCUUGCAGGGUCUAGCAAGCUAUUAACAGAGCAGGAGAUAAGAAAAUCAAAAUUAAACAGAAUUUGUAAUAAAGGAAGGAUACAUAUUAGAUGACUCUUUACAGGAAGUGUUUAGGAAGGCUGUGCAAGUCACAUGCAGGGAGGUGUGACUAGGGUGCAUAAACAAUUUGAUUUAACUCCUAAAUGGCAGAGAAUUGAGCAGUGAGACUGCAGAGGUAUGCUCUAUUCACCAAAACGACUUAAUUAAGCUAAAGUUGUUUUGGUGACUAUAUUGUCCCUUUAAUUGUUAAAAAAAGUGUUUUCUGUGUUCUAUCAAGUCCCUUUAGGUGUUGAAUUUGCAAAGUGUCCUUUGGUUCUGGUAAUGUGUAAUUAACUCUCUGCUCCAAAAGAAUUGAAAUAGAAUGAGCAGAACUGUUUAAUUUAAGGUAUUGGCUCCUUUACAGAACUGUUAAUUGUAAAAGUGUUGUAGAAAAGUAUCAGAAUGGUGGUAGCUUCAACACCGUUAGCUGUUAACGUCUUGAUAAUUACUAUAGGUUGUAAUUUACCCCUUAAAGGAAAACAGUUAAUAUUGUUACUCACCUAAAAGAACACUCCCACCCCUGUAACAGCUUCAACUAUUGAGAUUGUUGUGGGAGCAGGAGUCUGGGCACCGUCUUAUAUUGAGGGGUUUAACCGUUUUACAUUGUUUUAUCCCUUAAGUUGGUCCCACAACAGGAAUAGGCAUGCAAAAUGUCAAAAUGGGUUCUCCAGCAAAAUAGGGUAGCCAGGCUUACUGAUGGCCUACCCCCUCAAGCAGGCCAUGCACAGAGCACUGCUGAAACGCUCUCUGCAUAGGUUUAGGUCCUGGGACAUAUAUUUGCUGGGGCAAUUUGCUUUAUGGAAUAAAUGGUCGUAAUCUUCACAGUAAAUCCAGGAUAUUUCAAUUCAGUCUUAGACCAUCACAAACACAAGAAGCACAGAACACACUUGUGAUCGUUUGAUUCAAGAUAAGGAACAAAGUAAAAAAACAAAACCCACUGUAUCAAGUGAUAUAGCAGCUGAUAACCUUCACAGGUCAGUAACGGCCUUACAAGCACCAUUUGCUUACACAGGAAUAGAUUCCACUGGUACACUAUUUACAAAUGAGAUUACGUACAAAAACAUCCCUUUGCUGAGCCUGAUGAUGGCAAAGGGAUGUAAAUUCUUCAGAAGACUCAGGGGAUUCUAUUUGGCUUUACUUAGUAUUUAGAAACAGACACAUAAUGGAUUUACCUUCCCACCAACUAUUGGAAAACUGUAUUGCAUCUAAAAAAAAUGACUAGUGUAAUGUUAGGACAUCAACUCAUUCCUACUAGAGAGUUAUUUCAGUUAGUUGCAGCUUCUACAUAGAAUUAGGUGUAAUACAUAAUGAAGUACAUACCUCAUGUACCAGAGGUACUAUACUGGUGAUAACUGUCUGUAAGACACUACUACUGGUAUUUGAGUAGCACUGAGGCACAGAUACCUGUGGUAGGUCCUGGAAGUCUUUGGUGGCAGGAGAAGGGAUGGACGCUGUAGCAGGUUCAGGUCCACAGCUAAAGUUGGGCAUUAGGCACUCAGACUCUGUUACACAGAAAACAGUGAUCAACUAGGUGCUUAAAAUGUAAUAAAUACUAUCACUAGUUACUAGUAUGAGAUGCUUGUUGCAUCCAGUAGACUAGGACCAAGGUUAAGAUCUAUGAUUAUAGGAUAAUAUAGGAAAACGCCUUACGUUGUGUACUGGAAAGAAUAUGUCUUACUUAAGUGUAGUGAUAGCGAACCUUUUUGAACCUGCGUGCCCAAAUUUCAGCAGGAUACUAACUUAGUUCUCUCAAGGUGCCACCGUGCCAGCACUGCAAUAAAACAUGAACAUUAUGGUCAGGCUGUGUGUGAUAUGUGGGGUGUUUGUUUAUUUUAAGUUAUGGAGCAGACCAUAUACAUUUUUCCUUCUGGUGUGGUGACCAGUGAGGAAUUUUGAACACAAGUUUGGAAUCUCUGAGACUGCGCUUACUACUCCCUUGGUGAGCGCUGAAACCACAAGCGAGUAAUUAAUAUGGUCUGCAUCAGUUUUUAAAUUUAACAUUAGCUGCCUCUUGCACCGCACCCCCUUGUGCCCCCUUGCAUUCCCCUGUUACUGUACCCCCUUGCACCACCCUGCCUGGGUGCCCUAAAGUGGCUGCAUGUGCCACCUUACAGUAGUGCCAUCCCCCAGAGUAAGGUAGCGUGGCAAACCUCUGAUUCAUAUGCCAGCAAAGAGGCCUCUGCUUGACUGUUGUGGCACAUCUCUGCUUUAGUACAUGCACAAAGCAAGUAGCUAAAAAGUGUUUCUGGAUGCUGUAGUUGUGGGCCUAUACAGCUGCACCCAGUAAGUCUUGAGAGGACUUCCUGCUUUUAAGGUCCCUGCGGUUUUGCUGGAGCCGCAGUGAUUUUAUUAGCAGAACACACAAUCAGAGAAUGCAACUGGCUGUCUGGGAAUGUUAGCACGGGAUCGGAGCACAGUCAGGUGCUCAUACGCUGCCUGUAGCUAUCUAGCUAUACAUUUACAGGAGUAAUAGUAUCCUAUGUUGUUUAUAACACGGCCCUGUGAGCUGAUGGAUUGGAAUUCCAAGCAGCUUCCAUUAGGUCAGGAGACAAUGACUGUUUGACCCAUCAUCUCCUUGUUUACUGUCAAAAACUGGUCCUCUGUCUUCUAAUCCUCCACUUUUCUGCCUGUGAAGCCCUUUUCUAAGUAGAUCAGCAAUUAAGGAUGGGCCUGUUGGUGCCUCUGGCUGCAAAAUAAUUAAAGUCUAAAAAUGUCAAUUAACGUAACUAAUACGCAAUGGUCAUGAAAGGCAGAGUUUGUUUUUUUUAGGGUUUUUUUUAGGAGUACUUAUCGAUUUGUGAGCCUUUUUAUAGUCUAACAGGGUUAUUCAUUAAAUUCUCAAUUGUCCCGAAUUAAAAUCUGUAUAGCAAAAUUGAGGUCAAUAUAGCUGAUCUCGAAAAAUUUUCCAACUCAGCUUGACUAUUUUAGCGUACAUUUUGCUAUUUGAAUUUUUAUUCCGUAUAAUUUGUAGCAUAGUAAAUAACUGCGCAAUAAGAUAUAAAGCAAGAAAGGAUAAAAAAUUAAAAAUUAAAAAAAAAAAGCAGACUAAUCCUUCAAGUAUGGAUUGCUUGAAGGGCAUCUGUUGUUAAACAGGCUUGUCAUGCAAAUUAUUUUUAAUAACAAUUACAAACCACCAACAGCAAAAAAUAAUUACAUUCUAACAAUGCAGACUAAUUUUUUUUUAUUUGUUUUAUAGUCAAAGGAUCUACACUCAUUGUAAUAUGCAAUAUAAAAAGAUCCUUGUGAGUCGUAUAUCAUUUGUAAAAAUCUCUUCUCCUUGGAGACUAAUCCAUGUCUCUAUAACUCCUUUAUUAAAACAUUGCUUUCUCACUUGCUCAAAUUUUACUCAACAUUUUUUUUUUCGUGACAAGAAUAUAGUAUCAUUCACCCAGAACGGCACUUAAGGUUGCUACCAGAAUUUUUAAAAAAAAUUUUUUACACCUAAUGUUUUAGUUCUCUCGUCUUUGACCUUUUUCUCCCCAUGGUAAUCUAGAAUGCUAGUCCUGACUGAAAGAAUUACACUGACAGCAGCUCUAAGGCUGGACAUUCUUUUCAUGUUUUUUGUGCAUUUUUUUUUUUUUUUCUCUAGAGAUUUGGCAGCGAAACAGAUCUUCUGCUACUAGUUUGCGAUCUUUUAACUCUUAAUACUCCGUGAACUGCACAAUGAAUUCUUACUUUACCCUGGAUGGCCUGUUCCCUAAACACUGACUUUGCAAAAGUAAAAUAAAAUUUUGCUCAAUUCCCUACAUUGUCUGUUAAAAUUCCUCUGUGGAUUACAGUAUUCACUAACAUCUAAAUGGUAAUCGUAUAAAACUAAAACACAUUCCUGUUAUUUUCAGUGGAUUUCAUUGUUGCAGUUUGAUUCAUUUAUACCUCUCAAAAUUGGGAGGAAUGACGCAACUUGCGUCAUUGGCGACACUUAUUAUGGGUAAAUCUGUCCACUGAAGGGGCCAGCCUGGAAAUGUGUGUGAAUGUUUGUGUAUUUCUGUAUAUAGCUGAUGUUUGAAUGCAGUGGUGUAUUUGUGUGUACUGUAGUUUUUUGUGUGUAGGUGUUAAAACGCAGGGAAGUGGAUUUUGUAAUGUAGUGCUAUUUCUCAGCAGCAAGCAUCCAACUAAUGAAAGACUGUAAAAUCCAAAAAGACAUUAAAGGACCACUAACAUACUCAUUUUCCUGGCACUAUAGUGCCCUGAGGGUUCCUCUGGGGAGAGGAAAGGGUUAAAACCUACCUUUAUUCCAGCGCCGGGCGGGGAGCUCUCCUCCUCCUCUCCGCCUCCUCUCCUCCCCUUCGGCUGAAUGCGCACGCGCGGCAGGAGCUGCGCGCGCAUUCAGCCGGUCUCAUAGGAAAGCAUUUACAAUGCUUUCCUAUGGACGCUUGCGUGUUCUCACUGUGAUUUUCACAGUGAGAAGCACGCAAGCGCCUCUAGCGGCUGUCAAUGAGACAGCCACUAGAGGAUUUGGAGGCUGGAUUAACCCAUUAAUAAACAUAGCAGUUUCUCUGAAACUGCUAUGUUUAUAAAAAAAAAGGGGUUAAUCCUAGAGGGACCUGGCACCCAGACCACUUCAUUAAGCUGAAGUGGUCUGGGUGCCUAGAGUGGUCCUUUAAAGUUAAAGGUCCUUUUGGGUGAUAGAGAACUCUGUCUUUGAUUCCUACACUAACAAACCAAAGGUUGGUAGAAACCUACCUGCAAAACUCUCAGCCUGUGGUUGCUGUCCUGGUUAUACAGAAUUGAGAGUUGCAGUGUAUUUAAUAAAAAAAAUGUGGGAAAUACAGAGUGCUGAAGAAAAAAUAAAUAAAUAAAAAUAUAUAUAUAAAAUAGUUUUUUUUUUAUUUACUUUUUAUAUAUAAAAUUGAGCAUGAAAAAACAAACUAAUUACUUAAGCCAAAUGCCAUAAAAUGUAAGUUUUGUUAGUGACUGGUUGUUUUUAUAUUCAGUAUCUUACAAUAAUUUCAAUUGAACCUGCAAAGUGGGUUUACCACCACUUUUAACACAUUUCCAGGGGUAACAAAAGUAAAUGAAAGUGCGAAAGGGAAUGUGUAUGGCUCAUAUAUGUAAUUAAGAUGUAUGUUACAGUUAAAUCCCUAAACAGCUGCAUUUUUGGAUUUGUUACUGCUAUAUUAAUUACUCCUUUUACAAGAGAGUGACAGGGUGAUUAAAAAUGCAUUGUUUAAUGUUUUUAAAAAUGCAUCUAGAAUUAUGGAACACAGGCAUAGUCCAUGUUACCAUUGCUUUGUUAUGGGUAUGUGCUACAUUUAGCGAAGUUCCAUUCAAUUCUUAUUCCUCAUCAUUUAUGAUGUCCUUUAAUUGCAUUCCCUAUGUUAUAAACGCUAUAACAGUGGUUAUAGUGUGCCCCACUGGUUUGAACAGGUACAUCAUUGACCUUGCCCUAGAAAACUGUCCUCAAUAAACCGGUUAGUGUAGCAGCACUGCUUUAGCCAAUGCAAAAGAGACUCUUAUAUAUCACUUGGAGGAACCUAAGAUGUUUCAGAAAAUUAACUUUGUCACCUAUUAAUAACAGAAGAAGAAUGGGUCGCCAAGCAAAUGUCAUGUACGUAAUUUGGGCCCUUGUCAAGAAAGGUUAAGAAUCAGUAUUCUGUAAUCUCUCUUGAUCUUGCCGUAGCUGUAAUUUGAGUUGUCACUAAGAAUGUGGUAUGUGGUUCCUCGUCAAAUGAAUAUGUUUCCUUUAAAGUGCAGAGGGAAGUGGUUCAUUUUACAGACAUGCUUCAACCCUCCCCCCAAACCCCUUUCCCCUUUUGGUUUGAUACUGGUUAAAACUAAGAAUGGCAGCAGGAGUUUAAAAAAUAUAGAUAUAAGAAAAGGCAUGCAAUAUCACAUCCAUGUGUUUGUCAUUUACCCUGUUAUUUGCAUACUAUCCGCACUAAAACACAUAUAUUACUGUAAAAUCUGUAGAGCUGUUUGACGAUUAUAUGUUAUAGAUUUUGUAAAUCAAACGUGGGAACAAUGUUGGCCUUGCAGGUUCCUUGACAGUUUUAGUUCUUGCGCAUUUUUAAAUAAUACUUUUUAUCUCAAACUAGAUACCACAUUUAAAAUGAUAGUCCAGGCACUACAACCACUUAAUCUGAUUGAUAACCCUUACCUCAAAAUCUUUACAUCUUGUGUCACUUUUCCCCACUCCCUCUAGCAUGUAAGCUCAUUUGAGCAUGGACCUCUACACCCUUUGUUGCUGUGCAUCUAACUCGUUUUGUUACAGAUACUUGUCAUGGUCCACCAAUUGUACAGCACUGAGGAAUUUGUUGGUGCUUUAUAAAUAAUUAUAGGUUGAGAGCGUCAGAUGAAGUAGUUAUAGUGUGGUUAUGGUACCCACAGUAUCUCUUUAAUUUUACUCAUUUUGUCAGUUACAUAAGGUUAAAAGACUGAGUAAGCCAGAAAUCUAAUAUUAUUAUUAUCGCCAUUUAUAUAGCGCCAGCUUAGUCCGCAGCGGCUUACAAUAUAAUGAGAGGUCCUGCACAAGUUACCUAGAAUACAGCACAAUUUUUCUCUAGGACAUGAGUUAUAUAAUGGCACAGAGGACCAAGAGCAUCAGGUGUGUGUGAAAAUAUGAAAUUGAGCUACUUGACUAUUAACUCCUGAUUAUGAGUAAGCUAUCCAGCUUUACAGGCUCCCCUCCAACGAGCCUGUAAAGUAUGUAUAACUUUCGAAGUACUGAAAUAGUUUCAUAUAUUUUGGCAAUCUGAUGUUUGAAUGUUUGCUGUACAUUCUCUGGAACAUUGUUAUAUAUUGAGUUGUUUCCUGGAACCACCUUUAUAUAAAGUAUUGCAUCUUUGUUCCAUAUACAAUAGGCAUCUAAAAGGUUUUUAAAAAAAAUGAAGAACCCUCAGACUCUCUAGUAGAGGACCCGAGAAUGAAUAAUACAUAUACCACACAGGAGGGGUGAGAAAAUAAUUUAAAAUUUUUUUGGUUAUUUUCUAUGAGUUAUUUUGGCUGGAGGAGCAACGAUGACGGUGAGAGCGCUUCAGCUCCGGUUUGGAAGUGGCAUAACGCAAGGUAGCGACAAGUAAUUUCCGUACCACGUAAGCAAAUCGGCAUGUGAAUUUAAAAGAUGAUUAUCUGGAACAGGAGGACUCUGAUUGAGAAAGCUUUUAUGCAAAGCGUAUUUUGGCAAGAAGAUUAUACCUGAUUUUCUAUGCAGUUUAAAAACCUUUUAUUUUAGGGUAUUUUAUUUCUAAAAAUAUUUUACUAGCAAAGUCCUAGUCUGGAUACAUCCAUCCUGAGUUCCAGAUGGCUACAUCUUAUAUAUGGGAGGUGCCACCUUAUUCUUAACACCGCAUCUCUGCACCUCAGAGCCAGGUAUAAUUAGGCUCUCUAAAAUGUGAGCAUUCUACCAUUAUUCACCCUCUGUGGAAUAUUAUACUACACAAUUGUUUUUUCUUUGUGUCCUGUGUUUUCUUGAGAUUUGGGGAGAGAUACCUGAAAGGAUUGUGUGGUUCUACCCUAAAAGCACAGCUGCAUACAAGAUUGAGCAAGCUGUAUUAGGCUUCUAAAUAUGUGAGUGAGUUUCCACAUAGUUAUAUAUAUUUUGCCAUUUAAGGUAGCAGUCUACACUAUUGCUGCUUCAUUUUUGUUUUCUUUGUACCCGCUGUGAAUUAUUUACCCGGAACAAUUGUGAAGGGGAAGAGGAUUAUUGCUCUUUAGUUUGCAAGAUAUUUUGGUAUUUGUUCCAUUCAUGUUUAUGCUUCAACACACUGUCAACAACUGCAAAGUGUCCUGCCCUGUUUGAAAGAUUUAUGUGUUUCACAAUUAAACUCAGGUGUUGACAGAAGUAGUUGGAUGCCUCUUUGAGCCCCGAUCCAGCUGUGUUUCUUUACAUAAUUUAAAUGGGAUUAAAAGAUUCAGCAAAAAAAAAAAAAAAGGAGAAAGACAUAUUGUAGAGAAGAAGUUUGCGAUGAAUUCAUAGAAAGUUAUGUAUACCUGGCAGGGCUGGAUUGCGCAUACAAAGGAGCCCCGGAAAAAGAUCUAUGCCAGCCCCACAAUUCAUUCAUUGCACCAUAUAUUGUCACAUGUUAUAUGUAAGGCUAUGUUUUGCCAUCCCAGAUAUAUAUUUAUUUUUCAAAUAUAAAAUAUUGGUCCUUUCAAGGUAAAACACAGCCUCAUAAACAAACAAUCUCACUGACACACACAAACAUAGUACAGACAAACUCUGACACGCAAAAGCUUACUACAGCCAAGCUCACUGUCACACAAACCCAUGCUCACUACAGAAAAACUCACUGAUACAAACAUGCUUCCUACAGACAAGCUCACUGACACACACAAGCUCACUACAGACAAGCUCACUGUCAUACAAAAGCUCACUACAGACAAGUUUACUGAUACACACAUCCUCCAUAUACAAAAGCUUACUGACACACACAUGAUCCAUACAGAAAAGCUCACUGACACACACAUGCUACCUACAGAAAAGCUUGUUGACACACACAUGCUCCCUACAGAAAAGCUCAAUGACACAAACAUGCUCACUAAAGAAAAGCUCAUUGACACACACAUGUUCCGCACAGAAAAGCUUACUGACACACAUAUGCUCACUGCAGACAAGCUCAGGGAGGAGGAGCUUCCAUUCAGAAGGUGGAGCUUCCAUGUGGGGGCAGGAUAUGCGACCGAAAUUGCUGUAAAUUGUGAAGGAAGACUGACAGGUCUCCCUCUGGCUGCCAGCAGCCUAAUUGCGGCGGCACCAGCCCCCAGCUCCUCCCUCACAGUCCAGGGGGAAAAUGAUUAAAUUACAGGAGCUUGAUAAUUAAGGCUGUCUAUCCGGCCCCAGGUGCUGUGGCCAACCAGGAAAUUUCCUGGUAUCCCGGUGGGCCAGUUCGGCCCUGAUACCUGAAAAUGCCUGCAUUACUAUUGUUAUAGAAUUUAUUUAGAACCAUCAAUAGCUUUUUACAAUUAUAAAACAGGGAUAUUUAACUGUAAGUAAAUGACAUAAACAAAUAAUGACAGACAAGAGGUGAAGAAGGCCCUGUUCAAACAAGAUUACAAUCUUAGCCUAACCCUAAGACCUAUAACAGGGUUUUUGAAGUAGUCAUGGUGCAAGGAGCUUGUAUGUGCAUACAAAAUGUCCAUCAUCAGCAUGCAUAGCAUGCUAUUAAAACAGUUUUUAAAGUAUGUUAAAGUAACCAUUAACAUAUUUGACUUAUAUUUAAAUGAUUGACCCACCAGAUAUGUAAGAUAUAUAUCAGACAUCAGACAAACACGUAUUCAUGAACCUAUAGUGUUAAAAAAAACUAUUUAAGUUACCGGCCCCCUUUACCACCUUAAAUAAUAAUACAACUUUAACUUUUUUUCCAACGCAGCAUCCACUGGCUGAGAUCAUAGGAAUAUCGGAAAAGCGUUGGGAGGCUAUUGCGCAUGUGCCACAAAACGCAGUGCCGCCCCAAUGAGCAUCUCAGUGCAUCUCCAUGGGGAACAUUCAGUGCCUUCAUGGAGAGCAUGGAGAUGCUGACAGUCAGUGAAAAGGAAGUGUUUACAUUAAAAAUUUCCUGCAGGGACAGGCUAUACACACCGUAAACACACAUUAAACUGUAGUUGUUCUGGUGACUAUACGGUACUGCUGAACACCAUUGAACUAAAGCGGGAUGGUGGGACAGGAUCUUUUGAGACUUUUUGGGGCCUGAGUAUGUGUGUGUGUAAAUAUAUAUAUAUAUAUAUAUAUAUAUAUAUAUAUAUAUACACAUAGAUACAAUUAAUAUAUAAUUAUGUGAAGAUGUGUCAUACAGUGGGUGUAGACAGAUAUGUGUGCAUCACUUGUCCAUCAACAAAUGAUGCAUGCAAUAUUCCACAUGUACCCAUCAUUUUUUUUUUUUUGUGAUGGAUAUAUGUUUAAAAAAAACAUAUAUUCUAUUAAAAUAUUCAUAUAUGACAACUGGCAGAGGUCCCUGGCGUUCUCCCCAUUCUCCCGUCAGCAGGGAAUAAAAGGUCCUGUCCUACCUCUUUAAUUGUUACCCAAGAACCUAGAGUUAUCAGGUCAAAGCCAGAGAGUUGUCAGGUAAAAUAACUUUCUGUUCCCUUAAUCAAGUGGUAACAAGAAUUUUGCCUAAGACAUGAUGCUGUCAGCAUCCUAAACGCCCUCCAGCCACAAAAUAUAAAUAUAUAUCUAACCAGUUAAAACUAUAUUCAUACUGGUUGUGCAAUCCAUCCCCGAGUGCAUAUGCAUGCACAAUAAGGGAGAUAAUUAAAUGUCAUUUAAUGUUUCCAGAUAUUUCAUGUUGUACAGCAUCCACAUAUAGCAAUGGCUAAGAUGUAAAAAAAAAACAAAAAACUUGCCCCAGGUAGAGAAGCUCUUAAAAGUUGUCCUUUUACAAAUCUCUCAGAAUCACAUGUGGUAUAGGAAGAUUAAAAAUAAAAAAAAUUUGUGCAAUUAUUUAUCGAAACCACUUUAUUUCACAAAUAACAAGAAAAAUGCACCCCCUUUCCACCGGCGAGGGAUCAAAAUUAUAUGGUUUUGUUAAUUGCCAAAAUAACUGCCGAUCAGCUGAUAAACAUGGAUGUCUGCAAACCAUCUGUAUUUCUUGUCUGCUUUAUGUCUUCUAAAGUGGAAGGAUCUCCUGUUACCGAUAUUGUUACUAACUCUUUAAUCUCAUAAUCAUGUAUCAUGUUUAUUUUAGGCCAUUAAAUGUAUGUUCUUGUUUCAAAUGGUAUGUCAUAUUUAAAACAAAAUAAAAAAAUAAAUAAAAAAAAAGCUCAUGAUCCUCCUCUAAAUUGUAAGCACGUUUGAGCUUACAAAGCGAGUUUAAUGUAGAACACUGCACUCUAAUUGUGAAUUAUAGAUAGGAUCAUGGUGUGUCCUUAUCAUAUGUAUUGACAUAUACACAGAGUAUAUGUAUUUUAUAUAGGAAGGUUUAUACUUGGAAUGUGCAGGAAUACAAAUACACAAUUAGGAAGGCUUAUAAUUUAAAGGACAUUAAUUAACUAUAAGAUUAAUAGACAAUGGAAUUUUAAAUAAACUGGAUGAAGUGUGCAUGGUCCAUUGCCACCACCUGUUACUGUAAAUCUCCUUACAGCCUACCAAAGAAGGAACCUUGCAAACAUCUCAAUAUACAAUUAAGUGUCACAGCCUCUUACUUUGGAUGAAGUCUUCCUGCAAGCCAUUAAAUGUAACUUGCUAAAGAAAAUGUAAUCUCCUACAUACAAGAUCAUAGGAUUCCAUUGUGUCCAAUGGUGUUUCCAUUCUUAAAUGAGAUGUGGAGGACCAUCAGUCUCCACAGACUGAAAUAUUCAUUCAACACAGACAAUGCGCAAGAGACUCAUUGUGGAAGACAAACUGCGUUUCAAGAAUGUGGUCAACGGAGGUCUAGCAGAGGGAGUUGGAUAUGGCGAGGCUCCUACAUGUUCUUCACAAACUACUUUCGUCUCUCUUCAUGCCUAAGCAGUCCAAACUCAUCUAGUUUGACCAAAUGUUUCAGAUUCCAAAUGCAUUCAAGACUUGAUACUUGAUAGUUUCAGAGCAGUUAGGACAAUGCAUCAGUUUUCAAGGAGUGGAAAGACUUCCUAUAUAUUCAGUGAUCAUUCUCUCACUUUCUUUCCAGAUUUGUCAAGUGAUACAAUUAUUUGAAGGCAUUCACUCCAUCUGGCAACCCAACUUCUUUUGUUCCAGAACAUACCGAACUGAUGAGAAAUUCAAAAAUCCUUUUGACCCAACAAAAUGUUUCCAUAAUUCAUCUGACAGAUACAAGACAAGGCCUGUGCUGCUCACCAUGCUCCUCACCAGUUUCCCCUACCCGUAGCAUAUCAUAUGGCUAGAAGAACCGUUGUGAUUCAGGGUAAUACACAUGACCCUGAAUCACCAUGGUUCUUCUAGCCAAAGUCUAACAACCUGAGUUCAUCAUCAGUUCAACUUUGAAUUGGACCAGUAUGCUUCUCCUCUGUGAUGUUUAGGUGUUUUGCUUGGUAGUCAUUCACUGUCACUAUGUCUUUUUAGUUGAACUGUUAGGACUUGCUUACUUUAGUUUAAUAUAUUUCUUCCAUGGAUUUUCCCUUUUCUCCUCACCUCAUUUAUAUUUUCUGGGCUUCUUUUACAUAUUGUGUCCCAUGUGUGUUGUAGCCUCAGGAAGAAAUACUUUCCAUUGCUGACAAUUUCAGUGUCCUCUUUGUUGCCCUCAGUUCAACUACAAUAUGUUGAUAUUGCUCCUCUGAAUCUGUUUGAAUGGAGGGGAUAAGUUUUCUCUUUUCUUUCUCCUUAUUUAUCUCUAGGACAUAGUUGUGGUUUGGUACUGAUUACAGUUUUAAAAACACAUUCCUAAAUUGUAAUGCCUAGAUAUACCGUUGUAUAUACUUAUUGUCUGGCUGCUAUCUACCAUCAUUUUACAUGGAUUUUGAUUUUUCUUGCAACUUGAGUGGAAUGUUUAUAAAAUAUGUAAAUAGAAUGUAUAGUAAUCCAAUAAUUACCCUUACCAAUUUCACAGUAGCGGAUUUGGCUGCAGUGAGUAUUCUAUCUAAUCACUGGACUAUACUUAAUAGUUAAAAAAAACAAAACAAAAUAAUUAAUCAAAACUGCUAAGCAGAGCUCAUAAAGGUAAACUUAUAGAGUAAUUAGUGAUAACAUAGAUAUAGAUACAGUUUUGGAGAACACAUGCAUGCCUGGAUGAAGCAGGCUUCCCCACAUGCGAUACUGUGACACACCCGAAAAAUUGCACCCAUGAAGAUUUUCACCACCAGGGUGUUGGAUUACAUCCAUAUUUACUUGAAGGUAAAUAUGUCAUCCACUUGAUCUUUGACUCAAUGGUUCACUUAAAGUCUAAAGGGAACAUGUUUUCAACAACUCAAAGCUUUAAUACAAAAAAAGAAAUCCUUAAACGCACAUUUUGUGAAGAAGGACAUUACUUUGGGAUGGAAUUGCAUUUUUUUCACCUUCUGUGAAUGCUUGGUAUUGAUAUACUCCAUGACUUUCCUCUCUUUGAAGCAGAAACAGCAGGACACAUUCUCAGAAAACAGAUGCUUAAUUCUUGAUAAGUAUCUAGGUCAUGAAAGGUUUAUUCCCAUAUCUCAAACCUACACACUGAAGUCUUGUUGAUAAUAACUGGCUCUGGGUGCCUUCAUUGCCCCUUUCAUGUUGAGAAUUACUUAGAGAUCUUUGAGGAGCUUCUUCAUCUGAAUAAGAAUUUGUCUAUGUGUUAUGGUGAGGAAUUGAAUAGUAUGUCAAAAUCGCACGGUCCCUUUGGACAUUUUGAAACAACAGCAACGAUCAUAUAAAAUGUCUGCCACUUAUUUGCUACUGAAUAGCAUGGGCUUUCUCAGAACAGAAUAAAGUACUUUUUCUUCCUUUGUAAAUUCACCAAGUUAUCCCAGUGGUCUGCGGCCACUUUUUUGCUUCAUCAUUUGAUAUGACUCAGGACCAGGCAAGAAGACUCCUGAAACGUAUUUGGGCAAAAUAUCUUUGGGCACCUGGGAUGAAUCAUUUGACCAAUUUUACUUGUGCACCACCCUUGAGAAGUGUCUGCAGACAAACCACACUGAGCAGUAAUUUAUUUGAGUAGAUGUCCACGGGGGCUGCUCUAUCACUGUUAAUACAUAAUAGGAAAAUGUUCAAGCUCGAAACUUUUUCAGUAUUAUUAUAAACCAUGCAAAUUGUGAACUUCACUCUCGGCCAUGAUAAUUUUGCUUCUCAGUUCGUAAUCUGAGUAGCAAGCAAGUGCACAUUACAUUGUGAUAUAAUUUGCUUCUAAGGAGUCCAACAGUCCAAAGGAUUGCCAUAAAAUUCACAGCUGUGCCAAGGUCAAUUAGGGGGUCACUAAUUGUCAGACAUGCUCAAAUAUCCACUUGUGAAUAAAGUAGUUGGUUAAGUUUGUCACAGCCAAGGUCACACGGAACCUGCAAAAUUCUGUAUUAGGCCUAUAAUAAUCCCCUUAAUUUAGUUGAACUUAGCAGGGACCCUGAUAUAUUUACACCAAGCUUUGAAUAGGUCCUAGUGGAAUCAAGACACAUAAUAUGCCAGUUGGCAUGCAUCUUUGUGCAAGUUUAGAAUGAAAAAUUACAUUGAAUUGUCAUUGACAAACUCCAUAAAUUAUUGAGUAUAGAGUAUUUUUUGGUUAAAAAAAAAUGGCAACAUAUUCUGCAGUUCCAUUCUAGGGGUAGACUCAAAGAAGUUCAAAAAGUAAUAAUAUUUAUACACAAGUUAUUCACAAAGAUAUGUUGUUCAAAUGCAAAAUUCAGGGAAAGUUAUUGUCUGUGUCUGCAAAUUUACUUCACGGUAAUACCAUGCUUUAAAAAGUGAGCAGCCGUAAGUUAAAUGGUCUGAACAAUCUUUCCUUCUCAUUUCAAUAUGUUGUGUGGUUUUUUUUGCCUAUAAAUUUUUUUUUUUUUUUUUAAAUGAGGCCUAGUGAUUUUCAACUAGCAUAAAUUAUCAUUGUACAUGAACAAACUCAACAACAAAGGGAAUUCAAACCCUGCCAACUUUUUUUAGAUAGUUCUUGUCAGUUUAGGGGUUCAUAAAUUUAGUGAAUUACCUCCAAAUUUGCUGUUCCAAAUUGUCGUAAUUUGAUGCACCUAAUUUUCACAGAAUGUCCUGAAACAAAUCUGUCAUACAAAUAACCUUGUCUGUAUCAUUAUCAUUAGUUCACAACCGAUUUUAAAUAUUUUUUUUACUGAAAGAACGUUUUUCUACUAUGUCAGUAAACAAUAUGACACUAGAUUUUUAUACACUGUGUACACAAUUUCCAUAUUCGCAGCACAAAACAAAUAGUAGGUUAAACAUUUCAUGACAUUAGGCAAGUCCUUUAAACAAAUCUGUGCAUUUCUACAAAAACAAGUCAUUGAAAUGUGUCCUCGUUUUAUAAUCCAUCAUGUCAGGUUACUUUGAAGCCAUAGCAAAAAAGAAACCAUUUAACGUCCACGUUUACCCCAUUUAUAGACUUUAAACAAGAUUUACUAGCGACUUAUACGGUUAGUGAAUUAGAAGGUAAAUGGGAGACUGUAAAAUUCUUAUACUUGUGUCCUUUAUCUUCUCAAAUGCAUUAGAGGAAGCAAACAUGAUAUUGUCUCAAUGGCAAAUAUCAUAUGAAAUGAUAUACUCUCCUGAUAACAUAUCUAGCUAAUUCCAGAUUUACCAUUAAAAAAAAGUUUACUUUUAAUUCUGGUGCUUUGGAAAAUUAUUUUAAACUGGCUGUUUAAACAUUGGUGUUUUAAUGACUGCAUUAACCUUUCAUGUUUAAUUGAUUUUUUUUUUUUUCCGAUAAGUACAAUAUUUAUUUGAAACAUGACUUGUACGCUGAAUGUGAAAUUAGGACAAAACAGCAUUUUUUUGUGUAGACUGCUGUUGUUCGGGUACAUCUAAAAAUUGACAUUAUGUAGAUGUACAAAAUGUUUUAUUUUUGCUUACUUUUUCAUAUGUCCUCAGUUUUAUGACAUCGUAAUAGCUAACUAAAAGUACGCUAUAUAUUGUGCUAAAAUAAUUUUAAAUUUAUUCAUAAUUCUUUUAUAUUCUAUUGCAUUCUUUGCUGGGCAAACUAUAUAAAUUAGUUAAUUCACUCAGUCCAAUAUGCCUGGCGACCUAUUCUGAAGAAUAUGCCAAGCGUACAUGUAUAUGUAUGCCAUUACUGCAUUAGCUGUCUGAGUGUGCGAGCGUGGUCCAGAGUGGGAUAUGGGAAUGACAAAAAUGCUUUCAACACCGUCAUCCAGCAGAGGUAAAUACAUUUGUACUUACGUUUGCUGUGUUAUUUACUCUAGUAAAUGCUGAAAUAGCUUUUUCUGGGGUGAAGGAAAAAGGAACAUCUCUGAAAGUUCCGCUUUAACAAAAAUAAUUGUGUACAGUAUCUGCCAAUUCUUCUGACAGGCUCAAAUAUCCUAGACGGGCAAACAGAGAGGAAUUAGUAGAAAAAUAAAACCAGAAUGACAUUGUAUUUUCGGGAAUACUUGUAUCAAAACAGUAGCUGAAUAAAUGUUUCACUGUAUGAGAGCAUAGUGCCCAAAUAUAUUAAUUAUGGUUUCUGGAAUAAUACACAUAUUUUUAAAGAACCACUCCACACUUAAAAUCAUUUUUGUAAAUUAAGAUUUAGUAGAUAUACCUCCAAUGAAUAAUGAAAGCAGGAAGAGGCCUCCCUGGCUGUUUGUUUGACAUUUAUUCCAUUCCAUUAUUUAUAAAUAAAAGUGGCAAUUUCUCAUAGAAAUUGGCACUUUUAUAAAGUGUCUUGUAAGUGGACUACUCCACACCCAUAAGCAACCUUAAACACAUGUGCUUUGAAAUGUUCUGAUUUGAGGAAAUGGCAUGUGAUUUUUAGCUCUAACCUGAUGGAGCAUUAUUCUCCCUCUUGACUGGUUAAAAGACCCCAAUGCAGCUGUUAACAUCAGUUAAACUCUGCUUGUAAAGUUUACAGUCCUUAUGUGUGUCUCAAACAUUGAUUGUUGCCCCGACCUUUCAAUAAGGAGGACCCUGCAGACCAGCGAGCAAUGAAUGGUUUUAGCUCCUAAAAAAUUAAAACUAAACCAGUGCUAGUAAUCAUUGAUUAAAUUACAUUUGCUGUUUUUAAAAUGCCCAACACUGUCAAUCCACAUAAGUCCCCUGGAACCAGAAUUACCAAAGUUAAGUAGUAUAGCCUCGCAUAAAACACUAGUUACACAUUAACUUAUGCUGAGACAAAUCCAGCGCAGUUUAAUGCUUUCUCAUGUAGAAAUUAACAUGCAAGCUGGGGUACUGAAUUAUGGGUGUAAAUCUGAACUGCCCUUAAAGGAAUGGUAAGUGUCCUAUGAUUUUACCAAGACAUCAGUUUCACAUUAGCAGACAUAACAUUAGUUCACAAAGUAAUAGGGAUUAAUCUAAUUUGUUACAAUCUCAGUUACUUGACCUCUAGAUUUCGUAUCACAAUGGCACAUGUGGAAAACAUUAACUAACUCAAAUUGACCCUUCGUUAUAUUUUUUGUACAAGUAAAGGCCUGCACAUUGCUAAUUGCAUUGGAAAGGUAUUAGGAUUACAUUCCUGUUCUACUGAUGGAAAAAAUGCUUUUUUUUAAAACAUUCAAUAUAAAAAAAAUAAGUGUGGAGUAUCCUUCAUACACACGUUAAAAAAAUGGAUUACUGAUUAACAUGUCCGAUAUCCAGUAUAUUUAAUAGGUUCCAAAUCUAUAAACGCUAAAAGAUCUGGGGGAAAGUUAACUGUUGGCGCUAAUGCAAUUGCUAAGUAACUCUGGAGACUCUAAUUGUGUCUUCAGAUGACAAAAGGGACCCCCUCAGGUAUCAAAAUUUACCUGAAGCUCCUUGUUUUAAGCUCUGGUAGGCCCAGAAUUACCACAACUGAGCGAUUGCAUUUAAAUGGAUUUAAAGAGCAGCACAUAGCUCAUAUGACAGUCUGGGGCUUCCAACUGGGGACCCUUCUGACAGAGGUGACACUCAAGUAUCCAAUAAUACCUGCGGCUCCUUGGUACCAGCAUGGAUUUAACCCUGCUGCUAAUUAUGAUGCACAACGAUUUAUGCUGUCAACAGGUUUUAAAGCCCUACACUGCAUAACGUCAUAGACCGUCUUGUGGUCGUUAAGGAGGUUAAUCUAUAUAUUUUAAAUGUGAUUUGCUACCACAUUGUCUAGGUUAAAUUAUAUAAUUUUAAGUGCAUAUUGUUGUGUACUCAUUUGUGACCGAUAUGUCCCUUUAAGAGCAUUCGUUUCUUCCAAACAAAAUAUCUGGUUUUAAAGGCAUUGGAUACAAUAGCAAAUAGAAUCAAAUCCAACUGGCUCCACUUUGAGAUAAGGCCUGCCCUUAUUUAUUAAGUAAGAAUUUUGGCGUGCCUGACCAUCUCAAGGCUAUCCCAGAGUGCAGCACCUGGACUCAAUUGAAUGGCUAUCGAUGUCUAGAUAAGAUUUUUGAAGUGAGGGAUUAUAAACAAAAAACCUAGACAGGUAAAAUGCAUUUUCCCAGUCUGGACCAGUUUUAGUUAUGCACAGUGGUAUGUGGUUUUAAAAGCUUAACUCAAUUUCAGACAAAUUUAGUGCACCAUUAGCUGUCUUAAAUCUUUUAUAUUUGGCUGCCUGAAAUCUUGCUGUAAGGCUGAAUGCUGAAGGCUAAUGCUAAAUAGGCAAAAGUCAGACAAUUAAGAAGUUUCCAUACCCUUAAUCCACACAGAGAUUACUGAACAGCCAAUAAACACACACCUGUUCCCAGUAGUCUUUGUCAAAAAGCCAAUUAAUGUGCGACUAGUAGGGAGGAAAUUACUGUCACUGUGGGCAACCAUGCUGCAUAAAAAUUUAUUAUUGCAUAAUAGUAGAAUCUACACUGGACAAUUGGUAAUAUCCACAGACAGCAAUGAAUAAUGGGAAUUCAUAGUGAAACAUUUAUAUUUUUGUUUUAUGUGCAUUAUAUUUGAAUAUAAAUACCACAUUUUAAACUGUUUAUUUUUGAGUAUAAAUGCCAUACAUUAAACUGUAUCCAGAACUUGGGAAGUGUACAAAUCAUAGUUUGAUAACUUAAAAAAAAAGAAAAAAAAGAAAAGAACUCUCAGCAUGGUCCUGUAGGUUGGGGGCCGACCAAAAGGCUGUCUUUCAGCCUGGCAUGCUUGACGUGGGUGUCACCAGUGACAUGACUUGUAUCAUUGGCAAAGCUCCCCAGAAGGCCCGCAAACCCUUCCCUAUUUUUUUUAUCUCCCAAUGUUGGGAAGGAUGCCUUCUCAAUAUGCCAUAGUUUUUGGUUUGAAUAAAUCCCCUUUCCAUGGAAAAUACCCUCACACACCUGACGUUUUAUUGCAAGCUCAGUAUUUAGAGAGACAUGCCAAGCACUAUAACAACGUAUGCGUCUUUCAUAGGUUACUAAAUAUGGAGGUUCAGCGGUCUCUAUCUCUCUGUACAUUCUGCUAUCAAAGGCAGUGAUUUACAUGGAAAAAAAACGCAUUGCUGCAGUUAUAAGCUGACCUCAUUGAAGGAGAUUCAACUUGCAUCUCUGCCAUCUUAGUACUUGUUAAACAUAUCCUCAACUACACUAAACAUACUAACAUUUACCAAUUUCAAUGAAGCGUCUGAGAGGCGCACAGCUGCCGCUCACAAAACUGUUAGACUCCCCAGUUCAGUCUAUUCCUCUUUUCUGACAAAUGGAAUUGUUGACAAGGCUGAACUUUGAAAAGUCACAUAAACCGUUGAGAAAACUCACUGCAGAAGCAGGAACAUAAAAUCUUUCUAUUUCCCUUUUUGUCCUUCAGGUUUUUUUUUUUGUUUUUUUUUUUUUUAUACAUUCCCUGUGUAAUAUGAUAACAAAUUGUUAUACCUCCCAAUAUCGCUGGGUGAAUUGGGACACCAGAAGGAAGAGGAUUUGGAUGUCAGCAUGGCGUGAAUGCAGGCCAGGCUGCCUGUCAAUCAUCCAGGCAGGCUCAUGGUGGGCAGACAAGGAGCCCUGAGUGUAGCACAUGCAUGUCUAAUGACAGGACACCAGGGAACAUGGUUGGGAUGACAGGACAGGUCCCAAAAACCAAAACUGUCCUGCCAUAAUCAGGACAGUUAGUUAAGAGGACGGGGUUAUCUGCAGCCUGGAGUGUGCCUUUUACCAUUUAAAAAAAAACAACACAUUUUUGUGUUACCAGUGGGAUUUAUGACUCCAUACUUGGGUAUCAAGCUCUAGUGUGCUGUAUGCCUCCUCCGUGCAGUGUGCUGACUCAAUUUCUUGCCUUUCUCUAAUACACUGGAAGAAUAGCAUUCAAAGUACCGAUAUCCUCCCAUGUGGCUUUCAUUUCCUCCUGACAAAUGACUAUUGAAACCACAUGGAGAUAUCAGGUUUGAUAACCAGCUUUCUGCAUUUUUUUUAAUGGGAUCAGUUGAAUUCACAGAAAUGCUGUCUGCACAAUAGCUCAGUGGUUCCCAAAGUUUUUAGGUUCAAGGCGUCCUUAAUAUUUCAAUAUGUUUCCAAGGCACCCCAAGUAAAGAUUUCUAGGUUGUAUAUGUGUACAGUGCUGCGGCAUUUACUGGCGCUAUAGUGUAAUGUACAGUGUUGGUGUUUGAAGAGGUGCUUGUGUAUAGUUUUAGUGUUUUAAUACAGGGGUGUGUUUUAAUGUUAUGUUUACGUUUGAUUGCAGGGGUAUGAUUGAACGUAAUGUUCACUUUUAAAUGCGGAUGUACAUUUGUGUGAAGUAUUUGUGUUUGAGUGAAGGGGUGUGUUUGUAUAUCCUUUUGGAGUUUGAAUUCAGGGGUUUGGUUGUAUGUAAUAUUUGUGUUAGAUUGCAGGAGUGUGUUUGUAUGUUGUUCUGGGGUAUGACUGCUUGGAUGUAUGCACAAACAUACAUACAUACACAGAUAUUCAUUCACACAUUCAUAUACACACUGACACACGCAUACAGCAACAUAUACACACACACACACACAAACAUUGAUACAUGCACACAUCACGAUACAGAUACACACACUAACAUAAAAACAAACACAAUGACACACAGAUGCACAGACGCAUAUCCUGAUACAUAUAUACACACUGUGUGAUAUAUAUACACACAGAGAUGCACAACCUGAAACACACACACACACAGAUGCACACCUUGCCACACACACAGAUGAACACCCUGACACACACUCAUACACACACAGAUGCACACCCUGACACGCACACACACAUACACACACUGUUGAAACAUAGAUGGCAAUACACAAACGCAACAGUUUAUUAAACAAUAUAAUUUAUCUCCAGCCACCCUCAUGCUAGCUUACAUUGUGUGUCUAGUAGGGUGACUUGGAUUCCUGCUAGCUGGUGGGAGUGAGAGGUCUGGAGCUCUUCAUGCUCCUCUCCCCUCACGCUGUGGCUGCCUCCUCCCGCGCUGCCGCCCUGCAUUACAGGUGCCCGGUCGCUGUCUUAAAGGGCCGCGGCACACGACCCGACCAUGUAUAAUCAUAGCACCGGGGAAUCAUUCCGCGGCACCCCUGUGUGCACGUCACACAGUUUGGGAACCGCUGCAAUAGCUUAUAAACUUCAUGAUACACAAAACAAAACUGCCUAAUUCUUUCAGACGACAGAGGAAAACCUUUGAUACCUACACGUUGGGCUUCAGAUAAUGUGAUUUUCUACCAUUCAGAUCAUGUGUCAUGUGAUAUCAUGUAACUUAAUACGUCUGUAAAGUAGUGCUUUGUUUUUUCAAUUAGUUACAUAUAUGAGAUCCCUAUAUUCAUUAAGAAUGUUAUGUUAGAAAUCAAAAAGACUGCACACUAUAGGUUAGCGUAACAUGUUCUAAAGGUCAUAAAACUCAAGUGUUUACACUGUGGAAAGAGAUUUACCAUCUUGUCCAUUUUUGUUGAGAUAAAUCACUUGUCUUAAUACCGAUAUAUGAGUAGACAACCUGUAUAUAGUUUGUACAUCAUAGGUGUCCAAAAGGUAGAUCCCCAGAUGUUGUAAAACUACAGCUUCCAUGAUGCUUUGCCGUUCUGAAAGCAUGCAAGAAAUGCAUCAUGGGAGUAGUAGUUCUUUCACUGUUUUCCAAUGUUUGUCAUGGGUCUCAAAGUCAAUGCACUGUUGUGGCUGUUACAAAAAAGGAACAGAGUAAAAAAAAAAGAAACCUCAAAAAUGUUUAAAAUUGCGUGUAAUGUGUGUGGGCUGUGAAUGAAGGUUCACUUCCGCUAUUCUGAUGAGAAAGUUACUGUGUUAAAAUAGUGCUCAGAAUUUAAUUUACCAGCAUUAGACUAGGAGAUCUGUUAUUCCGUUUUGUUUAAAGGAACACUUUAACAUUAGAAAUAAAUGCAUUUAUUUCUCACUCUGAAGUGUUGCAUAGUUCAAUCAGACAGCCGGUUCUGUUACUUCCUGGUUGUUUAGCUAAGUAGGCCUAAACUCAGGAGGCAGGCGAUUGUCCUGAUAAACUGCCUUGCAAAAUAUGUAGACAAAGAGAUCUGCAGCUUUUUGCAAGCUGAGUUUAAAUAAAUGCAUAUUAAAAUGCAUGCAUGUUUUCACUGGGGGUAUAUCUACUAAAUGGUGAUUUGAAUUGUUUUUGUAACCGCAGGUCUGCGUGGAAAUGCCCAAGCUAAAUACCCAAGGCAUUCCAUGCCAACAUUUCCUCGGGGACCAGACUGGGGUGACCUCAAACUGGAACAUGUGGUUGUUAAAGGGACACUCCACUGCCCCCCAAAAAUAGAAAAAACACUGUUUUGUAGACAUAUGCUAAUGAAAACAUGCAUGCAUUUAAUUAUGUAUUCUAAUUUUGAGUAUUUCUAAAAACAGCUUGCAAAAUCUGUACAUCUCUGUCUGAAGCCUUUGCAUGCCCUCCCCUUCUAACCCCGCCCAGAUGUUAUGUGGCUGUCCAAUCACAGACUUUCCAAUGCAGAUCAAUGAUAAGUCGCCUCUUGAGUUCACUGCAAAUAAGCUAAACAAACCAGGAAGUAACAGGACCUGUUGUCUGUUUGAAAGCCACCAUGUGUAACAAAGUUAAUUUAUAAACGUGCCAAUUUUCAUUGAAAUCUAAAAUUAAAAAAGGAAGCUAAAGUUCUUCAGUGGUCCCUUUAAGAGAGUAAAAUACAGGUUUUAAACAGCUAUUGGCCCUGUGAGAAAACAAUACUCAGUGACAAAUGAAAAAAAUGUGUGGCAUUUAUUAAAAAUAAUAUAGUGUGUAUCAUAAGUAGGGCAACAUGAAACAAUGUGAACUCUCACACGAAAAGCGUUAAUGAAAAUGAUGAUUACAGUGCACACUGGUUAAAAAAAAAUAUUUGCCAUGCUUUCCAUUUAUGUUAGCCAAUCAGCAUUUAUAUUUUUUUAUGUCUCAUUUAGGAUUAUAAUAUACUUACUUGUGCUGUUAUUAUUUAUUAUUAGUAGUAAUUAUACAGCAACUAUGCAGAGCUCAACAGUUAUAGAAUGGUGAUAUUUGACAACAAGUAAUUGACAUUCUGAAUAUUCCAGUUUCAGACAUGUUUGAACAUUACAUAUGUUUUAAUGUUCACUGUUAUAUUGCAUGAGAAAUAUUUUGCCAUUUUACACAAAUAAACACAACACAAACUUGUUUUUCACUCGAUUUUCUCCUAAUACCAGACAGUUGGAUGCUGUUCUGUUAAUCUGAUAAUCAAUAAAUGUUAAUUGCUACAGCUCUACUUUGAUGGGUUGUCUGGGGGUGUAUAUAUUAAAUAGUGGUUCGAUAAGGAAGUUGUGAGUUUUUUCUUACAAAACAGCUGAACUGGAAUAGCAGAUUUUUUUCCAUUUAAGCUAUUUUGGGCAAAAAUAUGCAAUUCCCUUGACAAUUCUCCACAAGUUCCCACUGAGUGAAAAAAAAUCUUCACACAAGCUGGAGAUUCCUAAUUUUUUUCUGCAAUGAGUUUAUGAUAAAUGCGCUUUCCAGUGAGUGAUUUUCUAAGCAAUAGACAUGUGCAUGAAUGCUUUUCAGCUGGUACGAAUGAAUCAAAUACCUUUUAAUCAACAUCUGAAUAAAUCCUGGAUUUGUGGCCAGAUCUAUUCAUUCAGGCCUAGAUUAAAAGGAAUUUGAUUAGUUUGUACCAGCUGAAGUAUUAUAUGCAAAUACUUCAAUUUCAAAUUUAAAAACCCUUCUGAAUACAAUUGCCUCAGUUAAGGAUAUCAGCUAAUCCUGACAAGUUACGCUGUAGUGGUUAUGGUGCCAGGAGUCCAUCCCCUAGUUAGUAAUCAAACCACUAAACCGUGUAACUUCUUAUCUACGGUCCUAUGGGUUCUGGUCACUUCCUCUAUAGUGACCCAGAAGCUUCUUUCAUGGAGUUUUCUUUAGCUCUCCUGAGCUAAACCCUGCCAUGCUCCAGUUCUCAUAGAGAAGGUGACCGGCACAUGGUGGACUCCAGGCAAGUUGUCAGACUGUUAAUAGAUGAUCAGAGAAUGCUCACAGAGAAGCUUUGUGUCCGUUGAUAUUUCUAUUCACCACGUUGACAGUGUUCAGCAUUAUCAUGUUGUGUUUGAAUACUUUAAAUUAUUUAACAUCUUUGCAUGGAAGUGACAUUAGUGGUGGUCUCUCUGAUGGCAACUAGAGGCAUUAUUAUAACACGUUGUUUCUCUGAAGAGGGACAGGGUCUAAGUAAGAUUAAGUGGUCUUAGUACUUAGUGUCUUUUUAAUACUAAUUUAUUUGCAGAGCAGUGUGUGAGAACUGAGUAGUGUAAACAGUAGAUUGUUGGUAAACUUCUAAAAUUCAGGUAUUUUUUGCCUAAAGUACCAAUUCUAUUGUCACACCGAAAUUCAUUGUUUAUUGUUAACAUCACUAAACCUAAACCCGAUAUAUAUAUAUAUUUUUUAAAAUAAGGCCAAGCCACAAGCACUGCCCUGUGUAGUUUUACACAUUUAUUUUCUCUUUUUUGUGUUUCGUCUUCUGUAUAUACUUUUUAUGCACUCUCCAGACUUUUCUCCCAUAUUGUUGUCUCCCCGUCCAACACUAUCUCAUUUUUGUUGGAAAAGACACUUUUACAUUCUUUUACCAGUCUCAUUUUUAAUUUCGGCCCGGUUUCUAUAACUCUUACUCUAUUUGCCCUGCUUCACCCAGUAGUCCCAUAUUUACAGUGAGGGAAAAUACUUAUUUCACUCAUUAACAUGCAAAUCAAUUUAUAACUUUUUUGACAUGCGUUUUUCUGGAUUACGUUUUUUGUUAUUCUGUCUCUCACUGUUAAUAUACACCUACCAUUAAAAUUAUACACUGAUCAUUUCUUUUUCAGUGGGCAAAUGUUCAAAAUUAGCAGGGGAUCAAAUCCUUUUUUUCCUAACUGUAGCAUAAGGGGGUGGGUGACAAGGUUGGUGGGAAUAAGUAUUGUAAAGUGAUACAGAAUCUGUUGGCACUAUAUAAAUGGCGAUAAAAUUAAGUGAAUGACAGGUGAGAGAGUAUAUGAGACAGGGUGGGUCAUCCUAUUGGUAAAAUAGUUCUGGGAAGUACCCUAUGGUGGCAGCAUAUCCCACUCUGGUGGAAAAUCCCUGUCCCAUAUCAGUUUAGUGAUGUCCAUGUCACAUCACGGGGGAGGCGUCCGGGGGACAGGAACUUAGAGAGGUUGCCUAUAUUAAAAUCACUCAAUGGUGGCUUGAUGCAUGCUGGUUGAGAACCAGAGCCCUAGACACAAGGGCUCAUAUCAAAUACAAUUCACUAUUGAUAAAUACAUCCUCUAGCAUUCAAGUAGAGAAAUUGUUGGGAAACUGGAGCAAUAAACAAAAUACAUUGUAUUGUUUCCCAUGGUGAUUUUGACAUAUCUCUAGCACUCACUCCAAAAUUGCAUCAGUUCUGUCUGAUCCAGGUUGCUUCUUUUGUUUGCACUGCCUCCCCCUAAUUUAGCUAGACAAUAAGCUCUUUAUAACAGGGCCCUCCUCUCAUGUUAACGUAUGUCUAAUUUGUAAUACCUCUGUUUACUCUACAAGAUUAUCUAGUUCUUUGCAGUAGAAUAAUCUUAAAUUUUGUUAAUUAUAAUGAUUAAGUGGUUUAGAGCUUAAGGGACCACUGACGGCACCCAGACCACUUCAUGUCAGUGAAGUGGUCUGGUUACAGUGGCCCUUUAAUUUAAACCUUGCAAUGUAAAACAUUGCCAUUUUGUAGAAACUAAGAAUUUUCCAUCGCAGGGUUUAACACACCUCUAUUUGCGGUCUGUCUUUCUGAUAGUCACUAGAGGUGUUUUCCCAUGAGAACCAAGUGAAACUCAAUUCUCAAACAAAUGCUGCUCCAAGAGCAGCAUUCGAUUGGUGCAGUAUGGCAAUUUGCAGUGCAUGCACUGUAGCCUAUCAAUGCUUUCCGAUAGGAGAUUGAGAUCUUAACCAUAGGAAAAUGACCAAAGAGGCAGACUGGCAGUAAGGAGAGCAAUGUGGUGAGGGCUAUAUGUAUAUAUACAUUUUACUUAAGACACUGGGGGAAGGGAGGACCUAAGCAGUUAGUAGGAGAGAAUAGCAUUAGGAAUACACUUUUGUAUUCAUAACGCCAUAGUUUUCCUUUAAGCUUAAACGUAUAUUUUGAUUGGUCCUUAAAAUUCCUGUAUUUCAUUAUUUUGAGACAUUGACAUAAUAUUUAAAACAAAAAUUCUGUUCUUUUCUUAUAGGGGAAAGUUUGCAGUGGUGAAGAAGUGUGUGGAACUAGUCACGGGCAAAGAAUAUGCCGCCAAGUUCCUGAGAAAACGGAGAAAGGGAGAGGACUGCCGUUGCGACAUUGUGAACGAGAUUGCCGUCUUGGAAAUGGCCCGGUUCUCUCCCUACGUAGUGGAUCUCCAUGAGGUGUAUGAGACGAACAGCGAGAUUAUUCUGGUGAUGGAAUAGUAAGUUACUAGAGUUAAUUUAAUCAAUACAGUCGAAAAACAUGAUAUCUUUGUAACUCUGGGAAAUAAGUAGACACUUCUGAGUACGUAGAUCAGAAUCUAUACAAAUAAUAUACAAUAUGCAUGCAAUGUACAUAAUUGCCAACUAAACUAUUGAUUUAACCGUUUGUUUAAAUUGAUGCACACCUCCUAAUUUUGACGGACCUGCGAUCAGUUAGGAGAGCCAGGGUGAGGGUGGUUGCAGAGCUGUAAGUGGGUUUGCUCAUGACAAAGUAAAACUGUCAAAUUGCUUGUUAGUAAAGGGUGUCUCCCAUGUGCCAAGCACUGCUGAAGCACUUGAGUUUUAAAAUAAACAACCUGUAGUACAUCUCAAGGGCACUUUGCCUUAGAUAGAAAAUGCAAGGUUAUUCAUGAAGAAUUUAAUUCUUGAUAAAUCCUGGUAUAACAAAAAAUCCUGCAAAUGCUAUCCAUUUUAAGCCAAACAAAACACAAGUGGUAAUGAUGUUUGAAGACAGAAUAAAGUUAGCCUUAUGGAAUUAAAAUCUAUGUAUCCGGGACAAAUAUCAGUUAUGGGUAAACAAUAUCUAAGCCUAACACAAAGGAGGAACAACACAUUUUAUUUUGUAUAUUAAAGGCACACUAUAGUGUAAGGAAUACAAACACUACAUAUAUUGUUAAAAAGGCUAUAUAAACUGUGCCCCACUGACCCAGGAAGCUCCUCUAGUGACGUCUGAGUGACUGACACUAGAGGUGUUCCUAGGCAGUAAUGUAAACACUGAAUAAAAUAAUUCCCAAGCACAAUAGUUAUUGCACAAAGAUAGUUUUUAUUUUUUAAAUAAAUUAGAUUAGUAUAAAUUAUUUAAAAUAUCAAUUAUUAAAUUUAAUUAUUAAAGAAAUAAAAACUAUCUUUGUGCAAUAACUAUUUGUGUGCUUGGGAAUUAUUUUAUUGUAUGACUAAUAUAUACCUGGUAGGGAACAGGUCCUUGCCAUUUAGAACCCUAUUUGUUCAUAACUGCAUGCUUUACUACACUAACCCGUAUCAGUUGAGCAUUCACUAUAAUAUUUUGUGCAAGUAAUGUUUUUUUUUCUCUGAAAAGGCAGUGUUUACAUUAUAAAUCUUGCAGGGACAGGCUAUAGACACCAAAACAACUACAUUAAGCUGUAGUUGCUCUAGUUACUAUAGUGUCCUUUUAACAUAUUAUUAUGAUUUUUUUUAUUAUUAUUUUUAUUUUAUUUUUUGCAAAAAGGGCAAAUUUGGAGUAAUGUUAGUUUCGGUCCCUAGCAAUUUUUCAAUGUCCAUAAUAUAUACCGGUAAGAUUAUUUUUGGUAAAAGAAAAAAGUGUUUUUUUUAAAUUUCUUUAUUUAUUAUUAUUUUUUUUGCAGUCUCCGUAAUUUACAUGAUUAUUUAUUCAAGUUUUAAAAAUGAUUGGAAUUCAAAGUUCAUUUCAAGUCAAAUUUUAGGUAAAAAUAGCCACAUUGGAAUAUUUCUCCAAGCCAGCUAAAAUGGGCUAAAAUGUAAAAUUAUCUUUGAAUUUCCAACAAUUCACAUUUUACUGAAUAACCCCGCAUGUUAUUUUGCCUCGAUACUUUUCUUUGGUCCUUUUGCCGGGGACUCAUUCAUUUGCUGCUUCAGUUUAAGUAAGCCUUAAGGGACAUCUAGUCUCUAGAGAAUAAAUGCUCUUAUUCAGCCUUUCUUUAAUGUGGUGUUACCUUUCUUCUUGUGACUUUUACAAAGACUUUAUAGGAAAUAGUUUCACAAUCAGUACGUAAAACCCAAUCAUCUUUCUCAGAAGAAAAGCAUCACUGCAUCAAUGUCUUACUUUUAGGUAGCCACAUCCUGCCGAGCUAUAGAAUGCACUGCCACAACACAUUUUCAUAUCUUAUACAUCACCUAAUAAGGAGAUAUGAAAUUAUCUUUAAGACCUUUAAACUUUUUUUUUUUUACGCACGCACACACACACACACAAAAUGUUUACACCAUUUUUCCAUUAUUAUUAUUAUUGUAAUUUUUUUCGAGUAGUGUAUAUGGAAUAUUAACAUUUAGUAGUUUAUUUCUUUAGUAAUGCAUUUGGUACCAAAAUUGUAUCAUACGUGUUUAUAGUCAAUCAGAUAUUCUAUUAAAGCAGACUUGUAUUGUGUAGAGUUUCUUUAAGAAUUAUCUGUUACCUAUUUCAGUCACUGUGUGCAUACUUUAGAGCAGUGUUUCUCAACCUUUUACGGAGAAGUAACCCUAUUGCGAGAAAAUAAUUUCUGACAUAAUGUGAAUAUUGUAUUUGUUAGGAGGAGUGUAUGAACUUGAAUAUUUCUUGAAGUAUAAACAUCAUAAAAUUAAAAUAUGAUACACACAUAAUAGUUACACACAGAGAAAACUGACAAACACAGAGGACACCGACUCACUCACAGACAAACUCUCACUGAUUUGACACAUACUGACACUCACACUAGAUGAUUUGACACACUCAAUGACACACAGACACACAUUUACUGGCAGUCACAUACAUUUUCCCACACACACUCACAAAUUAUCGAGACCGCUGGAGUGGAUCCUUUACCUGGCAUCCAGUGUGGCCGGGGCCGGUCUAAUGUGGCUGCUGUCAUCUUCAUGGUGUUCUUGCUGUGCUCCCUCGCACGCAUGCAGUGAUGCCAGGGACGGAAUGACGUCAAAACCCAGCUCCUGGCAUUACUGCAGGACGCUUGAGGGAGCAGUGCUGGAAGAACACAGAGAUUACAGCUCCCUUGCUGCCCAGCUACAGCCUUUUCCCAGACACUGUAUUUGGGUAAAGUAGGCAUCUGACGUCCAGGUAAGCAGGUGCCUAUUCUGCCCUAGCUCACAGCCAGAUGCCUAAGGUGGCCAGCCGGCCAGCUCUUGCUAUACUCCCUGCUUUUUGUUGCGCAUACCCCCCGAGUUAUACGUAUCACAGGUUGAGAAACAAGGCUUUAGAGCAUCAAUUCAUUGAUAGUAAUUUGCAGGCAUGUGCUAUUCCUUGACAGGCUUGAUACCCCCACAGUGUCAGUGCAAUUCUCUAUUCACAUCUUACUGCUAAAAAUUGACAAAGUCUGGAUGGAAACAAAAUGGCAUAGUAGGCAUAGUUAACUGAUCCAAAGGUGUCUGGGAAAGAAGUUAUAUUGCAUCAUAAGUAGGUCAUCUGUAAUCGCUAUGCUGGAAAUAAAAGCAUCAUAAAGAAUGAGAAGCACUGUUGUAGGGACACAUUCUGUCUUUUAUUAAGAGCUAUAUAUCAGUUUCAUAUCUAAAAAAAAAAAAAAAAAAGUACUACAGCAUAGUUCUGAUUUACUUUACUUACUGGUUAAUUUUUAAAGCCAAAAUCCACAGAAAGCAUUUUUGUAGCAUGCAUUGUUCUUGCAGCGGGGCAGCAUCGAAUUUAGUAGUUAAGAGACAGGGGCCAACUUUGGACACAUCAAAUUCACAUUCCUGUUGAUUUAAGCACAGUAUCACUGAAUGGGGGAAAGAUGGCAUGAUGCCCGCUACCAGAUUUCUAUUUCCAGGGAAUGCGGACAACCAGGUUACCACCAACGAUGACAAGAAUGAUAACAAGAUGCAGAGUCCCUCAACAUAAUAAUGUGGACAUUGAGCCAUGCCAUUCUUGUAUCUCUUUGUGCGCCUCUUAGUUAUCACAACUGGUGGUUAAUUUACAACAUUUUUUUCUCAGUUCAUCUCAGACUGCCUUGUGACGUCUUUAUUCAGUUUUGUGCAUGGUUGGUUUUCUUAAUUAUAGAAGUCGUUUCAGUGUCAUGAUGAUAAAUAAUUAUAUCACAGCCACUAAUUAGUCGGCAGGAAGAUACACUGUACAAAACCAGCCACUGGGAAAAGUCAGAAGCUGGAGUGCAGGCCAUAAUUUGCAGCCCUUGCCGGAGUGUCGUAGUGCAUAAAUAGAAUCUAGAUUUUAAUCAGACUGUAUCUUUAAUAGACCUUUAAAUGACUGAAAAUCCAAUGCACGUUAUAACUGGAAUGCCAGGUGCUGUCUAUAUAUUAUUGCAGAUUAGGCACAAAGAGUUUUUCUGGCAUUUUAUUUGAGUUUUCCGUGACGUUUAAAGAGCAGCUGGAAGAGCAGAUGCGAGGGGCUGUAUGGAAAUUAUAUGCUUUUAAUCAUGUUCUUGUCAGUGGGGCUUAUACCCCUUACUAGUUCUGCAGCACAUUAACUUGCCGAAUAAAAUUGCCGGCGCAUGUGGAAGGAAUGCUUUAUUUAUUUAUUUAUUUAUUUAUUAUUCAUCAAAAAACAACUACCACCGAUCAGGCAUAAAUUAAAAUUAAAAACACGGUACAAACACUGAUGAGUCAGAUUAAAAGUCCUUCCAUUCAUCAGGUAUGAGACAUUCAAUUUUUUUAUUUUUUUUCCACUAAAGUGGGAAUAGUCGAGAAUUCAACAUUUAAGGGACAGUAUAGUGACCCAUACUACUUUAUCUCUUGAGAUGUCCCCCUUAGUCCUGCAAUAUAUUCAAUUGCAGCCACUAGAGGCACUUCCACAAGUUUGAGGCAAUGCUUUCCUAUGGGAGCGCCUAAUGCUCUUGCUGCGCAUGCGCGCUAGGCUCCACCAUCGGAGAAGGAACACUGACCAAGAAGUGCCGAGGGACAUCGGCACUGGCAUCGGGUAAUUAAGUAAAAAAAGAUUUCACCAGUUAUGAAUAUACAUUUUACCAAAAUGGAAAACUUACGGACGUGGAAAAAAUUCUCAAUUCGGCUAUUAUUGCCUAGAAUGUAAAAUUCAGUUUUAAUUCCCUACAAUUCACAUUUUAAGGAAAUAGCUUUGUUCUUGUUUUUUUUUGCUACCAGGUGGCCUAUGUGUAGAUAGUCAAUAGUCCUUGCAAAUAAAUGCUUACUAAUGUGUGAUUUCUAAAAAGAGCCAGAUAACUACCCGAGAAUUUGAUCAAAUACCUUGUACUACAUUUAUUGGACUCUGAUUCUGUUAAUUUUUUACACAUUAUAUAGGCUGACAUGUUUCCUACUGUGUAACUUUAUACUACACUACAUAUAGUCAUGAAUCGUGUCUGAGCAAGAAGCAUCAGUUAUUUAUGUGAGGUUGGGGCUGAAUUAUUUUACUAGGAAUUCAAUCUAAAAGAGUGUGGAUGCUCAAUUUGUGCUCUGCUAGGUUGAUCACAUACCUGCUGCGAAGUGUCCUAGAUCUGAGAAGGUGUAUUCUACCUUGCCCAGUCUUAUACAAUCUGCACAUUAUUCCUGAACCAGUAUGGUAGAGAAGUAAAUAUAGACACAUUUACUAAAUUAGCAUGCUGUGACACCCCUGAUCCUCUAUGACAGAAGAUUUUCUAAACUACUAAAACGUAUAAAUUAAUAUCACAUGGCCAAAUGGAAUGUUGGCAAAUGCCUUCACUACUGCUGGGUCAAAAAUUGGAGUUGAAAAGUAAAUAUUGGCAUGCAGAGAAUGGCUAAGUCCAAAUUAAUUCUGUAUGUGACCUUGACACAAUUUAUAACAUCUACAGGAGUUCCAUACAUGUCUGCUUAUAGCUUUGGUUUUUAAGUAGAUCUACCUUUGGAAAAAUAUAGGUCUUUGUAGAAAAGGUUAAGAAACAUUAAUCUAAAAAGCAAGAUGGGUUUAAAGGGACCAGACACUACCAGUAAAAUAACUAUAGCUCAUAGUAAUGCCGAUGAGGCAAGUAGCCUUUUGGUGUAGUCUCUCCAAAAUCUGUCAAACCUUUAAAGUGACUUGGCAAAUACCAAACUCUUGCUCCACUCAAAGCAGGAAAUUUGGCCUCUGAGGUUAUAUAAAAGUUUUACUUUUGCGAUAUCCUUACCAAUCUAUUUAAAUUUGGCUGGCAGUGGUAGGCUUGGUCUUGCUAUUUCCCUAAAUCUAUGACUAUUUACUAGCUUUGUACUGUCAGGUUUAUUUAUUUAAGUGGAAGUUGUCAGAAAUUCAAAGUGAAUUUAACGUGAAUUUCAAAUUUAAACCCAAAAUAGCCAACCUGGCAAAAUUCUCAGUAAUGUUUCUAGUUCGCUAAAUUGGACAUAAAUUUCCGCUGAAUCAAAGUGAAUUAUCCUGCAUACAUUAUGUUGGUCACGUCAAACUUUUCAAAUGAAAAUCCAGUAAAUGUUGAUAGCUAUCUUUGGCUUAAAUUUAAAUAUUUUGUAUAAACUUUUCAAAUGAUCACAUACUUUUCCAAUGAUUUUUCUAAAACAAUUCCCAAACCACGUGACACACAAGCCCGCCCAUUGAGCCAGGUCGCCUUUCAGAAUGUGUCCCAUUGUUGCAAAGUUAUGGGCAUAGAACUGGGAUAGGUCCAUGGGGAGCCAAAUUCACAGGUAUUUAAGUCUGGUUUGGCACCAUGUGAAAGCGAACUAUGUUCGCAGGUGGCCGGUGGUAUCCCUGCUCAGUGUUAUGGGGAGUGCCUCCGAUUUGUCCGUGUUCAGCUUUAAAUUCGAUAACUGUCCAUAUUCCUCGAAGGCCUUCAGAAGGUUUGGGAGUGAGAUCAAUGGGUUGCUGAUGAAAAAUAGCAUGUCAUCCGCAUAUGCGGCCACCUUAUGUACUUCUCCCUGUAAGGCGAAGCCCCCUGUUCCCCCGUCCCAUCUUACCGCCCCCAGGAAAGGUUCCAGGGAGAGGGCAAACAGGAAGGCACCUCUGCUGCGUACCGUUGUGGAUGUGGACCGGUGCGGGGAGAGCCCCGUUAAUUCUGACCCUGGCGGUAGGUGUCGUGUACAGUGAAGGGAUCCAGGUCAACAUACGAGGGCCAAAUCCCAUGGCGUGUAGCGUUACCUUCAUAAAUCGCCAGUCCACGCGGUCAAAAGCCUUCUCCGCAUCUGAGGACAGGAGAAGGAUCUUCUGUGUCGAUUGUUUUGCCGCAUGGAUGACAUUCAGUGCACGUGUAGUAUUAUCCCUCGCUUCCCGUCCUGGGAUAAAACCCACUUGGUCAGGGUGUACUAAUUCCGGCAGGACUCCUCUCAUGCGCGUUGGUAUGAUCUUCGUGAACAGCUUCAGGUCCGCAUUCAAUAAUGAAAUCGGCCUGUAGCUCACGCAGUUGGUUGGAUCUUUGCCAUCUUUAGGGAUAACUGUUAUCGUCGCCAUGAGUGAGUCUCUCGGAAAUGUUCCUCCUUCCAGUAUUGAAUUGAGGCCCUUUAGGAGCCGUGGUAAAAGCACGUCGCUGAACUCCUUCAGGUAUCACACCGGCAGGCCGUCCGGGCCAGGCGCUUUGUUCAGUUUCGAGCUUUUCAACGCAAUCUGUAGUUCUUCCAGUGUGAUUGUGGCCUCUAGUUCUUCUGCCGCGUCACGACUUAUUGAUUUAGUGACAUGUUGUUGUAGGUAAUCUGUGAUCCGUCUGUCCUUGCGAUGGCCUGCCUCUUCCGACUGCUCCAUAGGGAGGUUGUAGAGGUCUUCAUAGAACCCCCUGAAUGUCUCCGUAAUUUUCUCAGGCAGUUGCGUCACCUGUUGAUCUUUUGGACUUGAUUUUUGUGAUGUAGCACAUUCUCCUUUUUUUUUUUUUUUUUUGUAAUGUCCUGGCCAGCAAUCGACCGCACUUACCCAAGUAUUCGUAGAAGAAGCGUCAGGAUUUUCGGAUCGUAUACUGUAGCUUUUGGUGGAGAAUGUCUCGCAACUUCUUUCUGUUCUCCCACAACUCUUUGUAGCUAUCAUCCGAUUGGGUGGCCUUAUGAAGUCCCUCGAGGUCUGCGAUACGUUUAAGCAGGUCGUCCGUGCGUCGUUGCUGCUCCUUCUUUCGUCUUGUGCACAAUUUGAUAAGGUGGCCCCGGACGGCACAUUUAUGUGCCUCCCAUAUCGUCAAAGCGGGCACUUCAGGAGUGUCGUUCUCCUCAAAAUAUGUAACUAGUGCCGCUCGGAUGUCUGCAGCCGUGGGGCCAUCAUUAAGAAUUGUUUCGUUCAUCCUCCAUUGACGGUCUCUAGGUCGGAAUAAUGGGUACUUAAUGCUUGCUAAGAUGGGGGAGUGGUUGAAAAGAUUUUCUAACAGAUUGUGAUUAUUUGAAAAGCCUAUCCAAAUGUUAAAUCAAAGCCCUUGUUUGUUUAGGAAACAAGAUCAUUUAGCCUCACCGGAUAGUUCUAUGCACAAUUGAAACUGCUGGUACCUAGAAAAGAAAGUUCUUGAUAUGUAUCUAUUGACAUUAGUAUUUUAAACUGAAUCAUUGCAAAAAAUAUGUAACUCAAUUCAGCUAUUCCAAUCCAGUAGAUCUAUAUUGGGAUAUAGGAACUCAAGAAAGGACGGCAGUCCAAUAGUUGAGGAUGGGAGUUGGCCACACAGGGCAACUAUCUAAUGGCACAUGAAGCCGAAAUACUACCAAGGGCCAACUAAGGUACCCUGACAGCCAGAGCAAGUUAAAUGUAACUUUCUGUAGACAAAAUGGUUUCUCGUAAGGAGGAAGUUAGUUACGGAAAAGCGAGUCACUUUACAUAUACUGUACAUACACACACACACAGGGUGUACCAAAAUCCAGAGUAGGAUUUGACAGGUAGUCCAUAUUAGUCAAUUUAAAAAGCGCAAUUUCGAAUCAUGCAUGCUUUGCAAAAAGAUAUGCAGCACAACCUGCUGGCCAGAUUGUGGUACUGUUUUAAUUUGUUUUAUCUGUAGCCAUGUAAAUUUCAGUUUGAGGCAAUUAUACCUAGAUGGCUUGGGAUAAGGACCACCCCAAAAUCUGUCAAACAUUCCAUUAACUUGCAAAAAAGAUAAAAGUUUGUAUAUAAAAAAAAAUGAGCCAGAGCAGAAACAUAUAAUAUUUGGAAGUAUAAUAUUUUAGAAUCUUAAGCUGUUUUUUACGGACUGACAUGACGUUAUAGCAGCUUGUAAAUGUCCAUACAGCCUACCUCUCGGGUAAGCUACCUAUUGUAUAGAGCAGAGGUCUAUUUAUGUUUUAGUGCCCCCUUCUGGCUGCUUCAAAAUUAACAAUCAGCAAUGCUUAAUAAUUGUAAAUCUUAUAAAUCCUAGUGUUAUACAACAUAAAUGUGAUAUAUUUAAUACUACACAAGGGUUGUAGCAGCUGCUACCGGAACUACCUCAGCAAUGUCUGUUUUCAGACAUAUUAAAGGACUCCCACUAAUGUCUUAAUUUAGCUCUAUAAAGCAUAAAACCACAAUCUUAAUAUUUUGCAUAUUUAAUAAUACUAAGAAAUAGUAUUAUUUAUUAUAAUAAUCUUUUGUCACAUAGCUUUCUUAGAUAUUUUACAAAAAAAAUUACAUUAAUUUUUCUCUUCGGGUAAUAAUAAGCAGAAACAAUGGGGAUUAUUCAAUAAACACAAAAUUGUUGUAAAGUGAAAAAACCUCAUUUCAAAAUAUAGGGCAAAAAGAGAAGGCAUUAUCUAUGAGUUUAGAGACAGACCCAUAUUACUGCAGCCCAAUAAAUGCCUUAGCUUCGAUUACGAGCUUGUUCUGUCAGGGACCCUUUUUUUUUUUUUUUUCAAUUUGACAAUUUUUAUUUUGGGGUACAGAAAGGAAAAAGGGGAUGGGGAGUAUGCAGGUGAGCCAUUCAGCCCCAAGAACAACACAUAGCGCAUCUAACGAACCCCAUCACAGCCCAGGAAGUACUACAGUUAAUAGAUAUGAUGCCGAAGGAAAAGGCACCAGGCCCAGACGGCCUCACAAACCUCUACUACUCCACAUUCAAAAAACAUUCUGUCAGGGCCCUUUUAACCUUUUGUGCCUGUAUAUCAUACAUGUUUUGUUAUGUUCCUAUUGUACAGUGUUGAAGAAUGUGUUUGUGCUAUAAAUAUAUAUUAUUAUAUAAAUAAUUGUAAUUGUGCUGUAUAAUUGUGUGCAACGUAGAUAAGUAUAACACAUGCAUGGUUAUUUACUAAAGCAUGAAUUGUUGGGAAUUUAAGGUUCAUUUAAAAUUUUACGCCAAAAUAGCUGAAUUGGAGAAAAAAAAUAUGUGCAUAGUCGGCUAUUUUCUCAGUUAUUUUGCCCUAAAAUGUAAUAUAUACUUUUGCUGUCACUUUUGAAUUUGCUUUGAUAUUUCAGCAAUUCACACUUUAAUGUGAAUAAGUGCCUGGCUUUAUCACUUUAGCAUUGUCACUUUAAUGUUUUCUGUUAGAGCACAUCAUUACCCUCAAAUUGACAGCUUCCCUUUAAACAUAGCAAAGAAACACAUAGAAGUCGUUACAUAUUUUAUCUGCAUGUUAUAACAAGAUAUACCUUGUGAGUGGAUUUUUGUUGAAAUGGAUAUAGACAUGUUUCUAACUUCCACUAUAUAAUCUUCAUUUAUUUGCAUUGACUUGAGAAAUAGAAAAAUGUUAGUGACUAGAAUGAAUACACUAAUGCAGUGAUAAGAUUUAGACUCUGGUAAGUAAAGAUAUUAUGUCACUUAUUUUAUAAACCCCCCCCCCACCCCUUUACUUUCAUCUGGACGCAGUUUUCCUUUAAUCAUUCUUAUGGAUUAUUUUCCAAUAUUUCUUCCCCCCUUCCUCAGCCCAUUUGUCUGAGAAUUUACAGCAGAAAGGCUAGUGAGCGUGGUCUUCAGAUAAUGCCUGAUUCUGACACAAGAUAACUCAAAAUGGCUGUGCACCCAAUGGAAAGAGUGAAGGUAGCAGGGAUAAAUUAAUAAAAAAUCAGUAGGGAUGAAUAAAGAAAAACUGCAUUCAAAGAAAGUGUACAACACUUAAAAAAUCAAAAUCAAUGACCGUUUUCUUUUGAGUAAAUAUAUUUUAAAACUUAAAGACAUAUUAACUUUCACUGUUUCUCUGUGUUUAUAUUUGUGAUGAGUUAACAAUGACCCAGAAUACCAAACUAUCUCAGACCCAUGCAACCCUGCUGUAAAACAUCCGUCUCACUGAUGACCUGCAUGCAUUCUAUGACAGGAAUCCCAAGAGCGAAUUAAAAUUUUUAGGUCAAAAUAGGGUUGACAUUUAAUUGGAGAAUGUUUCCGUUUUGGCUAGUAAGGCUUGAAAUUUUAAUUCCCAAUCAUUCACAUCUGACAGAAUCCUCAUACAUACCCUGGGACUCCAUCCAAACUGCUGCGAAGGACAGGUAAAAAGACCGUCUGAUGGGAGGGGGUGGAUCAGUUUACAUUAAAGGAUCACUAUAGUGUCAGAAAAACAAACCCGUUUUCCUGAUACUAUGUCAUCCUUGAGGGACCCUCACCCUCAGGGUCCCCCUCCACUAGCGCUGAAGGGGUUAAAACCCCUUCAGCAGCUUACCUUAAUCCAGCGCCGGGCUCCCUCAGCGCUGGUGACCUCUCCUGCCCCGCCGACGUCAGCUCCCGAGUGGAGCAAGAGCCGCGCAUGCAUUCUAACAGUCCAUAGGAAAGCAUUUUUCAGUGCUUUUACUAUGGACAUUCUGCACGCUGGAUGCGAAUUUCGCAUCCAGCGUCUCAGAAGUGCCUCUAGCGGCUGUCAAGAAGACAGCCACUAGAGGUUGGAUUAACCCUGCUAUGUAAACAUAGUAGUUUCUCUGAAACUGCUAUGUUUACAUGUGAAGGGUUAAAACCUGAGGGACCUGGCACCCAUACUACUUCAUUGAGCUGAAGUGGUCUGGGUGACUAUAGUGUCCCUUUAAUUUCAGGGCUAUUUUUCCUGUCAUUUUUGGUGUGAGGGGAGGAGUUAACCCAUAAGUAAGUGCAGCCAUGUUUGAUUUUUCUAAAGCUGUAAUUUGAAGAUCCCAUAAUCCUAAAAAAACUAAGGGGAUAAACAUUUAGAGCUGGGGGUUUAAAUUGUGUCUGAAAUGCUUUAGGGCAUGUUAUCUGUUACAUUCCCCCCUCCUCACUCCCUGGGUUUUAACUUGUUUUUUUUUGUUUGUUUUUUCUAUAACAAAUUUUAAUAAGAAAAAAAUAGGGCCCUAGCAGUUUACUGGCUCCAAGAUUCAAUCCCAGCUUUAAAAACCGUAAUAACAAAGUUUGAUGAUAACACAUUUAUGGAUACAUUAACAGGCACAAUAUGGUCUGCACUAAUUUAAUUUCAUAAAGUAUGGACCCCCUUGAGAGGAUUAUAAAGAUUCUUUAAGGUGUGAUUGUGAUAUGUACUCUGCUUACAUUUGUUAUGUUAAACAUUGACCCUGCAGCGGGACCUACCCCUAAGUUUUUUUUUUCUCCUUGUUUAUUUUUAUUUUCUCUCAUUUGCCUAAUUUGUGUAAUGGGCAGCCUUGUAACACAAAUGUUGAGUACUCCACUUUCAUAGUAUUGUUUCAUUGUGCAUGAUGCUUGACUUCAAAAUAGAGAGUUAAAGAUACAGAGCAGAGUAAACAGAAGGCACACAAAUAAUCGAAAUAAUAAAAUGUGAGCAAACAAUUCGGCUAGCACUAUGUAUAGUUGAUAUGUGAUUCUCCUUUAACACUGGUUCUAAACUCGUGUCCCAUGUCACUAUAGCGCGUCUCCAAUGAGGAAAAGGCAUAUUGUGCACUGUGAGGGCAUUAAUUUAGUGCAACAUAAAUACUUGUGAUAUUGGGAACAGUCUAAUUAAAUUGACACUGCACCUAUUAGCUUGCUGAAAUUAUUUGUGUGAAGAGCGUGUCCUCUUUUUUUUUACAAUUUGAUCAAAAGUGCAGAUUUCAACAGAAAUUGGCACUUUUAUGAAUGAACCUUGUAACAUAGAGGACGUUCCCAUACUAAUAUAGAUAUAUAAAUUUAGACCUUAGGACUAAAUAAAUUGGCUGUGAGCAUCAACUGAUCCAAAGAUGGUGAGAAGACCAACACAUAAGUGUCAAACCUUUAAAAAAUGGUUUUAAUCUUAACAUAUGGGCAUCACCAAGGGACUCCUGGCGACAUCCACUCCAGAGAACAAUAGUGGUUAUGGUCUUAGAGAGCCACUUUUAGAAACACUGCUGUAUAAAGUAAUUUUGGCUCAUCAACACUUUAAAAUCAAUGCAAUUAUUCUGUGUGUGUGUUUUAUAUUCUUCUUGUCAUUGACAGAAAUUUGCCCACUUUUAUAUAAACCUUAAUUAUAAUUUUUAUUUAGACAGCGCCAAUAAAUUCCAUAGUGCUGUAGGCCCUACACAUAUGUAUCACACUGUGCUCCAAUAUAAUUGUGUUAGAAAAAAAUAUUUAAAUAAGAUUUGUUUAUUUCUGUUAUUUAUUUAACAGUGCCGCUGGUGGAGAAAUAUUUAAUCAGUGUGUAGCAGACCAAGAUGAAGCUUUCACAGAGAAAGACGUGAUCCGGCUGAUUCAUCAGAUUCUUCAAGGCAUCUCAUACCUACACAGAAACAAUGUUGUCCAUCUAGACUUAAAGGUACAUUUACAUAAGUUUUAUAUUCUAUUCACUGGUGUAGCUAUAUCAAUUGUUGGCUAA